AUGGCCGCCACACGAGGCAAGAAGGUGAGGCAGCCGGCUAGAGUGGGGGAAGGGGCGCGCGCGCAGUAGCAGCGCGGCCCGACCUUCACAUGCUCGGGAGCCGUCGCCAAGCUAAGCGGAGGCUCACCGGCAUGGAUCCGAAGGUACAAAGACAGGGGAUUCCCCACAGCCACCCGCGGUCUGCGGGAGGGAGGGGAGAGGGUGGAUGGCAGCACUGCCGCACGCGGCAGUAACAGCCUCCAAGGGAGCACACCACGGGGGGAGCAAAUAAAACGAAAAUAAAAUAAAGUAGUAGGCUCCCAAUAAGCCCAAAGGCUAAAACUAGGAGCACACAAUAAAGCACAACAAAUCAGUAUAAUACAAUUCAAUACCAAGCACAGAGCAGAAAAAGGUGUACUUAACUGGUCUGAGAGCAGCAAAGAAAGAGGGGGAUUGUGGGUGCUUCAAGUAUAUUAUAGUCACUUCCUGUGUUAUGUGAUUGGUUGCUUGAGCACUGUAUUUUUUUGUUCAUUUCAGUUAUUUAUUUAUCUCUAUUUCUUUGUUGCUGAGAGUAAUAAAGAAAGAGAUAUGCAUAAUAGGAGCCUCCGUGUCUUUAAUAAAAUCCCCUUACAGGUCGGACAAAUGCUUUUUGUUGAAUAUUCAAUGGCAAGUGGAAGAGGGUACAAAGUUUAAACACCAUUAAAUUAAUUGCUCUUUAAUUUUAGACGGUUUAUUUUUUUGUGUGUGUUAUGGACAGGUAUCCUUGAACCGUUUUCUUUAAGGCUCCAAUGUGCAGGCAUCACUUUGUUAAUUUUGUUUAUUGUAAGGCAAUAAACCGUGGCCUCAUGUUUGUAAUAUGCAGGCAUCACAGAGCACACCAUCUCAGCUAUUACAUUUUUUGUGAUGCAAUAAACAGUAGCCUGAUACUUGUGCUUUGGCAUGUAAUAUACACAUAUGGCUAAACUGCUUUGUCAUAAGGAAAGCCUCCCUUGCCCGCUGCGAAUUAGCACUCCAAUAUGCAGAUGUGAUCAUCAUCUCCACUUUUUAGAAAUAAAAUUAGUGACCUGAAACUUCAGCUGCUGAGAUUGUGAGUUAAAGUGACUCCAUUACCUCUGGUUUCUUUAGCAUUAUUUCAUAAAGAUAAAAUCUUUAUGUAACUUUCAUGUUGACUGCAUUGGAAUUUCAUUUAAAUUCUAGUGCAGUUAACAGAUAUUAUUAAACAAAAAGGGACUACUUUCUCGUAUGGAAAAUACCAAAGGCAGAGCUUCCACCAUCAACUUUUGUCAAUUUCCAAGGCUAUGGGAAAGAGGCAUAUACUCAAACAUUGCGUGAGAUAGCAUACGGAGGGUCUUGAUGUCUUGUCCAUUGACAUCUGAGUUGUAGUCUCACACAAGAGUACAAUAGUAAUGCGCCCUCAUGAUGGAUGAAGUGCCAGGAGCUAAAGAAAUGAAAUUAAGAUACCUGUACGGGAGAGCUUUAGGUAAGUACACUGCUGCACACAGUGCAAGGAUGUCACCUUAGAGGGUCUUUGCAAAAUAUGCCCUGAAUGUGGAAGAGCUACUUUAAACAAGAAUUUUGACAACCCCAAGUGGAUCUGUCACUUUCGUGUGUCUGCAUGUGUUUUGCAAAGACCCCAGAAGGUGACAGGUCUGGUUAGGAUUCGGUGACCGUGGGAGGCAGAAAAAGGCAGGUUUUACUUAUCUGAGCUUUCCUUGCAGCCACUCCACGUUCAUCCGGGGGUCCAUUUUCAGCUUCUGGCACUUCAUCUGCCAGAAGCUGCAUCAGUAUUGUGCUCUCACAAAUGCACAAGAAUAAAACACUGGCAGGGCACUCCUGGCACUAUAACCACUACACUGAGAUAUGAAUAGUUUGACACGUGAUUCUCAUUUUAAUUUGAGGGCAUUGCUAUUCUGUCAUCAAAAACCUAGAACAUUUUCAGAUUAUCAGAUACUGCAAAAAUAUUUACACGAUUUCCAGCACUAGGCACACAGAAGACCAGUGCGUCCCUUGACAAUUCCCUUUAAUUUAUGUUGAGAACAAAUCAUUACAUUACAGAGAUAGUCCAGGUUAGCCACACUUAAGAGUUGCUUGGGCACUGUCCAAAGUGGGUGAAUGGGGGGAGGUGUAGGGGGAUAAAAAAAUAAAAUAAAUAAAUACCAAGGUGUGAUCUCAUAGUAAACAAUGCACAUGCCUGCAGUUAUUUGAGCUUUUAUUAUGUUAUCCUAUACUAUAGAGAGUAUUAGUGUGAGCCAUCUGCUAAGCCAUGUCAUUACUACCCCAUUAAUUCAACCAGUCCAUUACAACAGUACAUUCACUGCAGACUCAGACAAAGGGAAACCCCUCCUCCCUAGCACUCACUCCAACCAUUUUGCAUAGGAAAAUUAACAAAUAAAUAUAUAUAUAUCUCUAUAUUUGGGUGUCACCCACACAAGCUAAACCCCCCAACACGUCACUGGCCAUCACUGUGAGGGCAGAGGAGCUCAGGGAGGGAUUGCCUCUUCCCUCCUUCCAUUUUUUUUUUUUUGUGUGUGUGUGUGUCCUCAGCGCGCCCCCGGCUCUCCCGGAGCCCACACACCCCCCCCCAAAAAAAAUACCCAGAGCGCGCCCCCGGUGUCCUGGCGCCACGGGGAGCAGAGGAGGAGGAGGGAGAGAGAGAGGUAAGUGAGUGAGACAAGGAGGGAGGGGAGGAAGGUCACGUGAGGGUAACGUCUCGUCCUGUCUUUAAACUUAAAGCUUAUACUAAUAACAAUAAUACUAAUAAUAAUAAAGGGCAGGGGGCGGGGCCCGGGCCUGUGCGGAGGAAGCUGAGCAGGUGAGUGCCCUCUCAAUUGGUAGGUGGGUCUGUGGAAGCUGUGUGUGUGUUUAAUGUAACCCCGGGGCUGUGCUGAGGUCGCGCACGGCCCCCCGGGGCCUGGCCGGCCAGCUCCAUUACCCUCCCGCGAGGUGAGCGCUCCUGCUCCACACACCGGGCGCCGCCAUUUUCCCGCAGGUGAAGCGGCGGCUGACGCACUGUGCCGCACGGACCAACAUGGCGGCCGAGCACGGUUAGCAGCCGCCGCCGCCGCCGAGCUGUGUGCUGGCAGUGAGAGGGGGGGGGGAUAGCCUGCUCUCCUGUAUAGCCGGCCUUGCCCUCUCUCUCUCUCCCCCCCACACCCGGCCCGGGGGGGCCAUGCCGGGGAUGCUUGGCACGGCUCGAGUUAAACCGCGGACAAAGGGUUCAUUUUAGGUUUAGCUGUGACGGUUUUGUUUAGUCACGUGACCGCGCUCAGCCAAUCCCCUGACACCCUGGGUGAAGACGGGUAUAAGUACCAGGCGGACGCUGAGCCAGGCGGCCGCCAUUGCUAAAAUAUUUUUAUUUUUUUUUGUUGGGGGACGGCUGGGCAUGGAAAGUGAGUGGUGCAUGUUAUUUCCUUACUCCUAUUCACAGCUACAGGCAUGAGUGUUGGGUGCCUCGCCGGCCGGCCGGCUGAGUGAGUGACUGAGGCCUUGCUGUGGGGACUGUGGGGGCCACUUACCUGGACAGGUUGCUUGCAGCCAGGACUGACCGACAGGUAGACCCCCAUCCACCCCUUCCUCAAGGCUGGCAAAGCAUCAUGGGGUUUGUAGUUCCUCUAGGGGAGGGAGGUCUGCCUGUUGGACAGACUUGGAUUAUAUAGUUUGUUUUUAUGUCUGGGGAGCCAUUGGUCUAGCAGUAGAUGGACUGGUUGGCUUUGUGUAUUAUCUGUAUUAAAUAAGCCCAUUGUGUUAUUACCACCACUUCUUCAUCCUUUCAUACAAGAAAUAAUAAUACAACAGCUGUAAUGGACACAUCUGUGGUUGACUGGGCAUCAUGGUGAACAGACAAUACAUUUUUCUCACCACUAGGCCCAGACAUUUUUAGCCAUUUUUGUUUAUGAUCUUUACAAAAAUGCAGGCCUACACACAUUUAUGUUCUCUAAGAAAAUAUAUAUAUACAUACAUAUAGAUACACUCACACUACUUCUGCAUAUAUUUUGUUUGUGAGAUACUUUUUAUUGGUUGAUGCCUGACACAGUUGUUGACGUUUUUAUUGCACUGGUUUAACCUGUCAAUGAAUUUUGUGUAUAUAUAUAUAUAUAUAUAUAUAUAUAUAUAUAUAUAUAUAUAUUUUUUUUUUUUUUAAUGAGUGCCAGGUUAUUCACUAGCGUGAGACUUGUCGCAAUGGAUUUUAAAUUAAAAACUGAAGACAGACAGAAGACAAUCUCCAAGUCAGCUAUGCUUCUGCUGCAGCUAUUUUGGCCUUACAUUUGAAAUUCACUUCCAAUUUCUGACAAUUCUCACAAUAGUGAAUAUGCCUUUUUUGUCUUUUAAGUAAUCCAUAUUCCUACAACAUUGUAGGUUUGUGAUUUUGCUUUAACUUUGCUUUCACUCAGAUAUGGUAUAAAGAAUGAUAGGUGUGAGCUUGUGCUUCCUUGAGUGGUUAGUAUUUUCUUGUAUAUUGAAUGUGCCUUUUUUUUUCUUUUUUUUUUCUUCUGGGUAAUUCACUUUUAUAUAGAACCAUCCUAUUACAUAGCGCUUUACAAUUAUAAAAUGUGGAUAUUUUGAAGGUGAAAUAGGCUGUUCUCGAACAAACUUGCAAUCUGAAUGUUUGAGGUAGGUGAAUAUAUGUUGUCAGGUGUCUUUCCCAAGGACACUUACUGGUAAGGUUGUCUGACUGGGCUUUGAACCUAGGAACCAUGACCAUGGUUAAAACCUGUAACCUGUUAGCUGCAUAUUAAAUUUACAAUAUGUUAUCAGAGUUUCUGUGAUGCUAGAGGAGAUGGGAGUGUAAGUGGGGCCUUGUGCUAAAUUCAAUUUUGUGUUUUUUAUAGUCUUAAACAAAUCUUGACCUGUGUAUAGACAUGGUCUUGGUUUGAAGGAGACACUCUAGGCUGUAUCUCACCUAAUGCAUUAAAUUAAAACAUUCAAAUCUAUACAAAAAUAAGUCUAGGAAAUUAGGAUCCUGUAUUUCUUGUAAGUUCCUGGUCUAUGUAGCUUCACUAAUGAGCUUUGCUAAGUCUAGCAAUUGGCAAUCCUGAUUCAUCCAUACUGUUUUUAGACAGUGCAGAGUGUUUCUGAAUAUGGACACAAAUGUUCUAGUAUUUUGUGGUUUACCUGUCUGCAUUCUACAAUAGAAUACAACUUAAAGGGAUACUAUAAUUGCCAAGAAUGCAAAGCCGUAUUCCUGGCACUAUAGGUCCAUCUGCCUCCCACCAAUGUGAAUAAAGUGUUAAAAACCCUUAAUUUACUUACCUUACCCCAGUGGGUUGUUGCUCCGCCUACUCUAAUAUCCAGUAAUGAGCAAGUGCUAACGCACAUGCGUGGCAAAUGUAGUGCGUGCAUUAGACCUCAUAGGAAAGCAUUGAAUCAAUGCUUUUCUAUGGGGGAAAAUCUGAUGCUGGAUGUUCUCAUGCAGAGCGUGAGGACUCAGUUACUGGAUCCAGGAAGUGCCUCCAGUGGCUGGAGGCAGAUUUAGUGCUGCAAUGUGGACAUUGAAGUUACUCUGGAACUGCAAAGUUUAACAGUGCAGCACUAAGUACAAUAGGGACACUGCACCCAGACAACUUUAAAUAAGCUGAAGUGUUCUAGGUGCCUUAGUGUUCCUUUAACUACAACAAACCGUUUUUUAUGAUCCGAAAAGGGAAACACUUGUAUAUUUACAUUUUUUUUUUUUUCUAUUUAAAUGGCAGAUUGACUUUUAGCUGCAGUGAAUUUUUGCAUAUUUACGCAGUUAGAUGACAUUGGGAAACUUGCAUAGGUUGUUGAAGUGGUUUGGGUGCCUAAAUGUCCUUUUUUAAAGGGAAACUAUAGGAACCCAGAUCACUUCAGCAAUGAAAUUGUUUGGCUGCCAUGUCCCUGUAAUUUUGCUCAUGCCGUGUUAAAUAUUGCCGUUCUGCAGAACUUCAGAAUUUUGUUGUAAGCACCUCUAGUGUCACUCAGACAGCCACUAGAGGUGCUUACAACAAAAUAGCACUAUAAAACUCUAUUUCAGUCAGAUGGUCUCAUAAAGACUGUUUGAUUUUGCGCAGCGCAUCCUGUUGUCGUGAAUGCACACUAGCUUUCCUAUGGGAAAGCAUUGAAUGGGCUAAGUACAUUGAUCUCACUCUUGGCAAAGGAGGCGGGGCCAGCUAUGGAGAGAUCAGUGGGGCAUAUAAUCGUUUAUUAUAUGCAACUAUUUACUCUGUGGCCCUACAAGAUUUGCUUAUACACUGCCUGGCCAAAAAAAAAGUAGCCACCCAAAAAAAGGUCUCACUCUAAUAUUUUGUUGGACCGACUUUAGCUUUGAUUAAGGCACACAUUCGCUGUGGCAUUGUUUCAAUAAGCUUCUGCAAUGUCACAAGAUUUAUUUCCAUCCAGUGUUGCAUUAAUUUUUCACCAAGAUCUUUUAUUGAUGAUGGGAGAGUCGGACUACUGCCCAACGCCUUCUCCAGCACAUCCCAAAGAUUUUCAAUGGGGUUAAGGUCUGGAUUCUGUCGUACCCACUUCAUGUGUGAAAAUGAUGUAUCAUGCUCUCUAAACCGCUCUUUCACAAUUUGAGCCUGGCAUUGUCAUGUUAGAAUAUGCCCGUGCCAUGACGAAAGAAAAAAAUCCAUUGAUGGAAUAACCUGGUCAUUCAGGUAGUCAGCUUACCUCAUUCUUUGGGCACAUAAUGUUUCUGAACCUAGACCUGACCAACUGCAGCAACCCCACUGCCCCCACAUGCUUGUAGAGUAGGCACUAGGCAUGAUGGUUGCAUCAUUUAAUCUGCCUCUCUUCUUACCCUGAUGCGUCCAUCAUUGGUGGUUCCCCAUUAUCCUUCCAGUUUUUAAUAAUGGACAGUUCUUAACCCAAUUUUAUCCAAUAGGAGGCUCUUACCUGUUUGCUUAGUUAAACCCAGGUGGUGACUUUUGUUUUGGCCAGGCAGUGUAUUAUACAUGGAACAAUACUUGUGUUCUUAAAGAUUACUGAAGUGAUAGAAGCUACUACUGAGUUAUUGCCUAUGUUAAAGGAUCACUAUAGGGUCAGGAACACAAACAUGACUCUAUAGUGUUAACACCAACAUCUGGGCCCCUCAUGCCUCCAUAAAUAUAGUAAAAAUCUUACUGUAGUCAAGCCUGAAGCUGUAACUCAGAAAAACAAGCAGUCUGCUGACAUCAUUAGAAGUGGUGGCCUGAUCCAAUCACAGUGCUUCCGCAUAGGAUUGGCUGAGACUGACAAGGAGGCAGAUCAGGGGCAGAGCCAGCAUGAUUCAAACACAGCCCUGGCCAAUCAGCAUCUUCUCAUAGAGAUGUAUUGAAUCAAUGAAUCUCUAAGAGGAAAGUUCAGUGUCUGCAUGCAGAGGGAGGAUAUACUGAAUGUCUUUAUGCAUUUUAGGCAGCCAUGACCCAGGAAGGGUCUCUAACAUCCAUCUGAGGAGUGGCCAGUGUAGUUAUCACUAGGCCGGAAUGUAAACACUGCAUUUUUUCUGAAAAGACAGUGUUUACAGCAAAAAGCCUGAAGGCAAUGAUUCUACUCACCAGAACAAAUUCAAUAAACUGUAGUUGUUCUGGUGACUAUAGUGUCCCUUUAAUAAACCUGUAUGUAGUCAAAAGUGUUUUCUUUUCUUUUUUUGCUUACAUGUUGGGGUGCCAGUGCAUUAUGGGGGUUAAGUUUGGAGAGUUCCUUUAAAUCGGGGUGUAUGUGAACAGGCAUAUGUUGCGUUUUUAUGUGUAGAUGAUAGUCUUUAAGCACCCCUACCCUUAACAUUUCUUUCCUAAUUCACACUUAAUCUACCAUCCAUGCCUUCUCUACCCAUGCUCAUCCUCACUUUUUUCCACACUUAUUAAAUGAUCACCAUAGUGUCAGGAAAACACGGCCGCACGCGCAUUCAAACAGUCCAUAGGAAAGCAUUUCUCAAUGCUUUCCUAUGGACGUUCUGCACGCUGAAUGUGAUUUCCGCAUUCAGCGUCGCAGAAGCGCCUCUAGCGGCUGUCAGGAAGACAGCCACUAGAGGCUGGAUUAACCCUGCAAUGUAAAUAUAGCAGUUUCUAUGAAAGGGUUGAAAUCUGGGGGACCUGGCACCGAGACCACUUCAUUGAGCUGAAGUGGUCUGGGUGACUAUAGUUUCCCUUUAAUGCACUCAUUUGAUCCUCCCUGACAGUUCCCUUUAAAAAAAUUUAAGUUUCAUGUCCUUUGAGGGUCACAGCUUGGUUAUUGAAGGUCAGAUGGCUUUAUCCCCAGUGUCCAGUGGUGUGAGGAAGUUGGGUGGAAAAUGCCCUUGUUUUAGCCCUCUAUAUUACAAGGGAUCUGGUUUACACUCCCAUGGGUAAAGAAUAAGACUAUGUGGGGGAAGAGUCAAUCAUUUGGAACAGACAGGAUGUUUACAGGAGGUGAUGGUUAUAUUUCUUCAUGAAUUGUAUGUUUGUGUAAAAGAGCACUCUCAUCACUAUUAAAGGGAUACCAUAAGUGUCAGGAAUACAAAGUGGUAUUCCUGGCACUAGAGCUCCCUUGCCCGGGUGUAUAAAGGGUUAAAAACCCUAUAUUUACUUACCUGAACCCAGCGCGGAUGUCCCUCGGAACUGGAUUGACAAUUUGCCUCCUCUGACGUCCCGUGACGUGUUGGCGCUAAUGCAUAAGCACAGCAGAUUUGCAAAUCCGCACGCGCUUAAAACUUCUCUGAAACGUCAGUGUAUGACAUUGCAGCACUAAGUGCAAUGGGGACACUGCACCCAGACCACUAGCCGGCUCCAUUAUCCUCCUGUGAGGGAGUGGUCUGGGUGCCUACACUAUCCCUUUAAUGUUUCCAUUCGGUGUAGUGGUUAUGGUGCAUAGAAUCAGUAGGUGUCUUCUAGUUUUUGUCAAAGAGUGGUUUGAGAAAAAAAAUAUUUAUCUCUGCCUCAUCUUUAGCUGCCUGGAUAUUGUAGAAUUUACACUUCUGCAUUAUCAAGAAGUGUGCUCUAGGUGCUUCGUUUUUGCUCCUUCAAAAUCACCCCAAACAGCUUUCCAUAAAAACAGGUUAUGUGACUAUAUACUUGCUGUAUCAUAACUACUAUGGGGUGUUUCUCUGAAACUGCUAUGUUUUACAUAUGAAGGGUUAAAACCAGAGGGACCUGGCACACAGACCACUUCAUUGAGAUGAAGUGGUCUGGGUGACUGUAGUGUCCCUUUAAUAUCUUCUAGGAACCUGGCUCUAUGUAAAUAAAACUGAAGUUGAUGAAAUAUAAAUGCUUUAGAUGACAGUCCUUAUUUUUAUUUUUUGCCUUUUAUUUAGUAAAUGCUGCAAAGUUGCAUUUAAAACUGUGUUCGGAUUGGCUCAAAACACAGGAAAGCAGUCACAGUAAAAUGCCAUGAUUAAUUACAAAUUGACAGCUCGGUAUUGCAGAAUUUUCUAGUAGGCAUCUUGUCACCUAGAAAAUACACAUUUCUUGGUGCAAUUAAAAAGUAAAAAUGAAAUGCUAUAUCCUCAAAUGAGACACUAUAGCUGUAAUGGAUUUGGUGCCAGAUGUCCUCAGUGCCAAUCCACAGUAAUUGGUUAAACUGUUUUCAGACAGUUGACACUUACCUGGGUCUGCUCAGUCAACUGUGCUUCAGACUCUUUUUUUCCCCUUUUGCUUUAGACAUCUCAUUUCAUGGCUGUUUUAGACAGUACUCCUGUGGAAAUGGGGACCUCUGAUUUAGUGAUACUUAAAGAGGAUGCCAAACUGCGGGUAGCCAGACAGUUUGACACCGCUUCACUACUGAUGGCACCAGGGGACUCCAUUUUGUAAUGUAUGGUAAAUAUCCUGGCUCAGCUAUUUCCAUUGCCCCUCUUCUAAAGGGUCACACUAGUUUUUAAUGCAAGUUAAAACACACGCUGCUGUGUACCACAUUGGACCACUGCCUUCAGAAGUCAGAAGGGGCUCUUGGAGCUCAGAGAUCAGAGCUCGAGCAAGAAGUACUGAGUACAUUACAGUGUUGUCACAAUGACCUUUGCUUCAGCUAGUUCUAAACCCCGCUCCUGAAUUCAAGAAACUUUGUGCUUUGAGAUGUCACUAGUAGUUUCUGAGGUAAACGUUAUGAAAUUUAAAAUUAAAUGGGAAAGAUAAAGGAAGAAGGGCUGGGACAGGGUCAUGUAAAGUGUUCACAUAGUUGUACAAAGUGAGGUUAGGUAGGGGAAGUGAUUAAGUGAAAUGGUAGGAGGCACUUCUGCAUUUACAUGCAUAUAUAAACACAUUUAAUUAAAAUUCCAAUGUACUCAAGAUAUAGAACAUGGGAGGUACUACUUAGUCUUGUGGAAAAAGAAUUUGAGGCAUAUGUGUAGCAAAGCGCAAACCUUCAAGAAGCUUAUUGUCGUUGUUAAAGGGACGCUGUAGGCACCCAGGCCACUUCAGCUCAUUAAAGUGGUCUGGCUGCAAACUCCCAUCACCCUUAACCCUGGCAAGGUAAUUAUUGCAGUUUUUACAAUAUGCAUGAGGACUUCCAGCGUCACCGGAAUCUCCCCCCCCCCUGGCCCUCACCCCUGAGCUGCGGGUGGGGGCCCUAAGUCAUUACUAGACCCAGAGGCUUUAUUCUUCUUGGCCCGUUUUUCCAUUGCAUUAUGGGGGUGUGUGGUUGGUUCAUCGUUGGUGUAACACCUGGUGUGCUGUUUUUUUUUUUUUGUUUUGUUUUGUUUUUUAGCUCAGCUUGCUGGUCAGCUCCGCCCCCACUAUAUAAUUUUUUUAAAUGUUUAUGUAUAGGUAUAUAGUGAUAUAUACGCAUAUACUUGUGUGUGUGUGUGUGUGUGUGUGUGUAAAAAUAUAUAUUUUGUUCUGCGUGUAUUUUGAUAUUAAUAUAUAUUUAAAAAUAGAACGAAAUUACACAUAUAUAAUUUGGAUUAAUUUUUAUUUUUUAAAGUAUUUACAUAUAUAUUUUAUAUUAUAUAUAAUUAAACUAUCAUUCUGCGUGUAUUUUGAUAUUAACAUAUAUAAUAUACAUAUAUUAAAAUACAUAGUGUGUGUGUGUGUGUAUAUAUGUAUGUGUAUGUGUGUUUGUGUGUGUGAUCUAAGUAUAUACAAGUUAAUUUUAAACUGUUUUUUUAACUUUUUUUAAAAAUUUUUUUUUUAUUUCAGGCAGCAGGGGGAGUACCUGUCAUUACAGACACUCCCCCUGCUGGUAUUGCCAUGGACGGCUAUGCCGUCCAUGUGAUCGCGAGGUCCUCGCAAGGACCUCGCGAUCACAUGGCACAGGGGGGCCGGAGAGGAAGGAGGGGGACUCCCAUGUGAGUCCCCAGAUUGCGAUCGCCAGCGACCGGGUAAGUAGAAAGGACGGCGGGGACGUGCUAUGCUGUCCUUAAGGGGUUAAGGUGGAACACCUGGUAGGGGUAAAAACAUGCACUGAUCCCUUUGCAAACUGAGCAUGCACAUAUCAUGCUGAACAGUAAAGCUACCUCUGUUCCAUGGUAAUUCAGAAAUGGGACAUGGCCCUGAGAAUUUCUCAGUGAAAGGCUGUCGUGUGUAAACAGGGGCUCUAUAGGAAACAAGGGAUCUGUUUCUUCAGUUUGCUAGAACAGUGACCGCUUUCUCAGCGCCAUCACUCUUGUGCAGCAUCCUGGUUCAGAAUCUGGGAGGUCAUGAUGUUCCAUUCUUCUACACUAGGGGUCAGCAACAUAUGGCACGUGUGCCAUGCAUGCAUGGUACUUGAGGUCCCAAUGGGACUUCAGGUAACGCUAGUAAAACCUGAGCGGUGGUUGCAGAUAGUGAUCGACAAUCCUCAGUUUACAUAUUGUAACACUUAGAAAGUGAUCUCUGGUCACUUCUUCCCCGUAGUUGUGAACAGGAAUCUGCACUGGCCUAGAUUAGCUAUUGCAGAUCCAGUACUGUACCUGUACCUGGCCAUCCAGGUUACCACUAGACCCCAGGGAAGACACACACACUGCUAGAUAUACAAAGAGCUGCAUAAGAAGCCUCACGCUCAUACAAAUAAUACAAACAAUCCACACACACAGUUACCACUGACAAUGCACAUACACACAUGCAAGCAUCCUCUCACGUUCAAUACCAUAAGCAUUCCCCACACAUACACACACCACCAAACACAAAAUGUGACAUCAUCCAGACACAAUUCCAUAAGCAACCACCAUACACAGCCCACAUUCAUAGGUAUCAUAAACAAUACCACAAACUAGUAAUCAUUUUCUUAUUUAUAUAGUGCCAGCAAAUUCCGUAGCACUGUACAAUGGGUAUGAACAUAUACAAUAUAACAGCUCACAUACACACAAAUACAACCCUACAAAGCAACUAAAGCACCCAUAAAUAACACAAGCGUAAUACGGCAACAUAUAAACCUCAGUUUAAGAAGCAAAAAAAAAAAAAAAAAAAUACGGUACACCAAGGGACUUCAAGAUCUUGUUUUGGCACACAACUGCUAAAAGGUAGCCUAUACCUGUCCAACUCUGUCUUAAAGGGACACGAUAGUCACCAGAACAACUACAGCUUAAUGUAGUUGUUUUGGUGAGUAUAAUAGCUCCCUUCAGGCAUUUUCAUGAAAAGACUGCCUUUUCAGAGAGAAGGCAGUGUUUACAUUGCCCCUAGGGACACCUCCAAGUGGCCACUGGAGGGACUUUCUGGCUCAGGGCUGCACAGUAAGCAGCCCUGCUGUUCAGCGUGGGGACGCUGAAUUUUCCUCAUAGAGAUGCAUUGAUUCAAUGCAUCUCUGAGAAGGUCCUGAUUGGCCAAAAUUGCAUUUGGCUCCGUCUGUGCCGAUUUAGCCAAUCCAAUGCUUUCCCUAUGGGAAAGCAUUGGAUUGGCUAAAAAUCUGAUAGUUUGAUGUCAAAGGGGGCGGAGCCAGCGCCAGGCAGACCGCACGGCGCUGGCAAUAAGGUGAGUUUUAACCUUUUUAUAGAGGGGCUAAGGGGGCAAGCCUCCUAAAUGGUGGGUUAAACACUAUAGGGUCAGGAAUACAUGUUUGUGUUACUGACCCUAUGGUGAUCCUUUAAUAGAACUCACAAGGGCAAAGCACUUACAAAUACCUGGAUUUUCUUUUCCCAGUAACUUCCUUGCCACCAUUAGAGGUUAGCAGCGGGGUGGCGAAAGAAUAAAUAAAUUUUUUUUAAUUUAUUUUUUUUGUUCUCUAAUUUAUCUUGUCCUUGUACAGCACGUGCAUUCCACCUGUGAUUUUAAAAAAAAUUAAAAAAUUUUUUUAAUGUUCAGCUUCAUUGCCAUGCCUGUUGAAUAAAAAAAACUUUAAAGGAACACUAUAGUCAUCUAAACAACUUUAGCUUAAUGAAGCAGUUUGUAUGUGUAGAUCAUGCUUCUCAGGUUUCACUGCUUAAUUCACUGCCAUAUAGGAGUUAAAUCACUUUGAUUCUGUUUAUGCAGUCCUUGUCACACCUCCCCUGACUCUGAUUGACACAGCCUGCAUGAAAAAAACUGGUUUCACUUUCAAUCAGAUGUAAUUUACCUUAAACAAUUGUAUCUUUUUCUCUGUUAGUUGAACUUUAAUCACAUACAGGAGGCUCUUGCAGGGUGUAGCAAGCUCAUAGCAGGGGAUAAGAAAAUCUAAAUUAAACAGAACUUGCAAUAAAGGAAGGAUAAACUGUAGAUAACUUUUUACAGGAAGUGUUUAGUGAGGCUGUGCAAGUCACAUGCAGGGAGGUGUGACUAGGGUUCAUAAACAAAGUUAUUUAACUCCUAAAUGGCAGAGAAUUGAGCAGUGAGACUGCAGGGGCAUGAUCUAUACACCAAAACUGCUUCAUUAAGCUAAAGUGGCUUUGGUGACUAUAGUGUCCCUUUAACCUACAAAGCGUACCACUACAUUUCAUAAAAUUUACAAAACAUACCGCAACAUAACACUUUCAUGACUAUUCACCAAUGUGUGACUUGUUUAGACUUCAAAGUUAAUUUGUUGUUUCUAGACUAAAUAAAGUAUAAUUGGGAAACACAGCAGUGUGUUCAGUUUACAAAAAACAAGUCCUGCGCUCAAACUGCCAUCGAUGCGGCAGCAACGACCAUAGUACACAUCAGCUCCAAUACAUACAGUAAAAAACAAAGGAAAAAAGUAACCUGCGCUCACUCUCUCCCCCAAAUCCCUAAGUAUAUUUAAACAAACUGAGGAUAUUUAGUUUCUCCAAUGGCUAUUGGAGGGAAUUCCCGCCUGCCCUGUCAAGGCAACCUCUCAGGUGUGUUCAGUUUGACUAUUUUGAACUAAAAUUGGAAAUUGUGAAUUCCUUUACAUUUACAGUUGAAUAAUCUACCUGCAGUUGCAGGUUAUUUUAUAUGGUGACACAAAAGUUGGUCACAUUUAUUCACUCCGUUACUAUGAAACUCCCAAAUAAACUCUGGUGCAAACAAUUACAUUUAGAAUUUGUAUCAUUAGUUGAAUAGAUGAUCUGUGUCGCAUUAUCUCAGCAUAAAUGCAACUGUUUCUGGCAGACCUGGUACUUUGUUAAAAAGUAUAUGUAGACAAUUACCCUUAUGAAGACUAAGGAACUAUCAAAACUAGUCUAAUGUUCAGUUACAAAAAGAAUAAAAAAAUAAAAAUAAAAAAAAAUCAUCCUAUACAUUGAAAUACAUUCAACAACACUGAAUCUGUUUUUAAACCAAUAAAACUUAAGGGAAAGGAGGGCAGUAGUCAGACAAGCAACUUCGGGGCUAAUAAUAACCGGAGGAGUUGGAGAAACAGUGCAUGGGACAACUGUUACAGUGGUACUUCCUGGCUGGGUUUUAUUGAUGUAUAGCAAGAAUAAAGCCAUUAUUUGCAAGACAGCCCAUAUGGUGCGUUUGCAAACAGGCAGGUGGUAUACAUCAUACUUGGGUGUUGAGGGGGCCACUGAAUGCGGUCUGGUCAGGGAUGUGAAAAGUAUACUACCUGAUGCCUAGGCAGUUUAUUAAUUCUUUAAGCGUAGCAGAUAUGCCCUGUGGGGUAUUCGUUCCAGGGCAGACCUCUGUGAUCACUCAUGGUCUGGCCCUUUCUGCUGAGUCAGUGAUGCUGCUGGAUGUUCCCAAAAUGCACUCUGGCUCACUGAAUGACUGGACUGCAAGGGUGCGAUUAUUUAGGUUUACAUUAGCUGGAAAAGGGAUAUGAAAAUUAUAAAACCAGAUGCCUGGGACAUGCAGUUCAAGGUCAUUGUUGCUUGUGAUCCAGCGCAAUGUAGUGAGUCAGAACACAGCCAUUGGAUGUUCCCAGCAUGCUCUCUCUCACUGAUAUUUGUAUUAACUGGAGAUGCAGCCUCAUGCUAGCCCACCAGGUAGAUUUAACUUUUGCUCAAAAACCAGUAACAAUGACCCCCCAUCCUCCCCCAUUGGACCAUCAGGAAUCAUUGCCCCCUUUUCUGCAGGGGGGGCUUCGCAUACACCACACACAUCACAUACAACCAGCUCUCAUUCACUAUGACAAAGGGCGUAAUUCCCAAAACCUUUUGCAAAAUAAACUCAAAUGGCAAACCUGAAGCUAAAAUAAACAUGGCAUAGUCCAUGUCAGUUAUUUUUUUCUUCUUUUUUUUUUUUUUCUUCUUCUUUUAUGUUUUAAUUCACAGUUUAGCGAAUAACACUGUCAAUAUCCAGGGCUGUUGGCAGAGGUCCCAAUCUUUGUAAUUUAAAUUGUUUAUUGUCAGGACUAGUUGGUUGUCCUGCCGGACAAGUAGAUUGGGUUUCCAUUUUAGUCCCUUGGACAGGUAGAUUUUUUUUUUUUUUUUUUUAUUCCACAUCCCUGGUGUUGCAAAUGUAGCACUGUUUCUCACCAUGUGAACACUGUCAUGGUGAGAGUAACAUUGUGUUUACAGGCCUUUUCUCAUCAGGUACUCGGACACUUGUCAGAAUUAAGGGGCGGGAUGGGUGGAGCUAAAUAUAGUGCAAGACCCAUGACUUAAACAUUCCAGCUGGAUGAUAACCCUAAACAAGCAGCCAGAGGUGUAAAACCAAGCAUCUGAAUGUCUUAGAAUGGUUGAGAAUCUAUGGAAAUACUUUUCUCCAACAGUCCCCAUUCAACCUAACUCUGCUUGAGUAAUUUUAUGGUUGAGAAUAAUUGAAACGUGUAGGUUCUAUAUGUUCAGUUUGUAUGGACUAACCACAAAAGACUUACAGCAGUACUUUCAGCCAAAGAUGGUUCUAUUACAUCUAACUCAAAAGGAGUGAAUACUUUCUAACCCACUGUCUGUUUUACUUGUACUUUUUUUUUUUUGUUAUAAAAUAUUUUUGCACUAAGUAUUGGGUGGUGGUAAUAAUAUAUAAAAUAAAUCUUAAACCAGAAUUGUAACUUCUCUGAAAGUGACAGUUCGUCAUUGUCUUACCCCAGUACAGUGAAGGUAAGUAGAACAGCAUACCUUACUUUCAUGAUCAGGUGACCUCACCACAUCAUGAUGCUAGGCUUGAUUGGGCUCUUUCAUAAAAAAUUGCCAUAUACAUAUGCGCUCGGGCAUUGCUUCCAUAGGUUAAAAUACAAAGUAUGCCAGUAGUACUAUACAUAUACAGGCUAGUGACUAGUAUGAGAGAUGUUGAAAGAAAAAAAUUAAAUAAAUUGGGAAAAAACAUAUGAUAUGCAAAUCAGCAUGCAUGGAAGACAACCUAACAAGUACCCAGUCUGAAGGCCUGAGAUUGAGACCCAUGAUCAAGGAAGAAGCAAAUUCACUGCCAGAUGACUGCCGUGCAAUUAGGGGUAAACACCAGCCAGCCCCCAGGUAAAAAAUGAGCAGGCACCCAGGUGUGUCCCAAUUUAUGACAGAAGCUGCAAGUGGGAAAGGAAGGGGUAUUGGUGUGCCAGAUUGUGGAGAUGUCCUUUCCCCAUAUGAUGGACAUUUUGAGAUAUACUGUAGUUUAGGGAGAUGUAUCCCCUGAUAACUCAUCACCUGGGAGUUGUAAAGGCUGUCUCAGCCAGGUUGGGUGUCUGAGAGCUACGGCCCAAUGACUGUUUGGAGUUCACACGUGCUCUGGUUGAGUAUACUGACCCUAGUGUCCUGACAGAGAUUCAAUGGAAUACAGAACAGAGAAAGUAAAAUGCAUAGUUAAGACUGUGCUGUGGUAGAAGCCUUUCAUGUGCCUUACAAGUUGCCAUAUUAGGCAAGUUUGCACACGCUUUGCAGAUAAGUCUUAAUUGAUAUAUAUUCUAACCCCCACCAGUCCAAAAAGAUAGGAGGAGGACCCAAGAAGAACUGCAACGGCAAACAUUAAUGGCCAUUUAUUCCAGGUGGAAGACUGGCUGCUUCCUCCACCAGGACAGCCAAAGAGGCCUUAGAAAUUGGGCAGCUGAAGUCUGUUGCUGGGACAAAGCGACAAGUGCUAGAGAUCUCCGUUGACGCCUUGCUGUGUCCUCAAACAGUCUUUUCCUAUUUAAGUGUGACAUUUGCAGGGUUAACCUGAAAAAUAUUGAAAAUAGUUACAGAGCUCAAAUGAUCUGCUUGCACUCAGUAUGGCUGCCCCACCCCUAAAUUAAAACAUUUUAUAUAUUUAUAAUAUUUACAUUACUUUGAUUUACCAGACAAAUAUAAAAUAGUUAUUGUUUUUUAAUCCCUUGGCAUUCCAGUCUAGUUUCACAUGUUAAAGGACCGCUAUAGUGUAAGGAAAAUAAACUAGUUUUCCUGGCAUUAUAGGGUCAUUAGGGCCCACCCGCCUGCUGGGCUCAAGGGGUUAAAACUCUCCUCCCUCUGCCGCCGUCGGCUCCGAAUACGCAGCAAGAGGCGCGUGCAAAUUUCAUAGGAAAGCAUUACUCAAUGCUUUCCUAUGGACGUCCAGCGUCUUCUCACUGAUUUUCACAGUGAGAAUUGCUGAAGCGCCUCUAGCGGCUGUCAGUGAGACAGCCACUAGAGGUUGGAUUAACCCUCAGUGAAACAUAGCAGUUUCUGUGAAACUGCUAUGUUUUCGGCUGCAGGGUUAAAACUAGGGGGACCUGGCACCCAGACCAUUUCAUUAAGCUGAAGUGGUCUGGGUGCCUAUAGUGGUCCUUUAAUUUAUGCUGUAUUGAUUUUAGUUUGGGUUUAGCUUCAUUAAAGGCAUGGAGGAAAGGCCUAAGGUCCUCAAACCAUUGCACACAAGGGUUGUUGCUUUUACUGUUAAUAGCAAAAUACAUCUUGGCUGGUUAUAGUAAUAAAAAAAUGAAUUUCUCUUUUGAAUAAUUCAGGAUAAAAGAGAGCUGAAGGCUGUCUUUUGGAAAACAUGUUGAAAAAUUAAAAUGCAUUGAUGUCACAAAAACCUUACCCAUUCUUUUUUUUUUUUUUUUUUAACUUUAUUUAAAAUAUUAUUUAUCCAUUAACAUCAACCUGUAUUGUUCACACAAUGCAAAGUAUUCGUAAGUACUUUUCUCUACGAGGUUUAAUUCCUGUAAAACUUUUUCAAUGAGCAGUAGAAAGGUAUUUUGCAAGACCAGGAUAUAUCUACCCAAUCCUAUUCCAUUUUGGAAAUUAUACGGUCAAUAUAUGGGAACAUCUUGUCUUCCCUCCCUCAAGUGUUUCUAUUCCCGUGUCUUCUUCCAUGUCAAAAGCACUACCAUCGGCUCUACCUCACAGGCUCACUGCCUAGGUGUUUGUUUUUCCCUCCAACCUAUCCUUCACCUCUCGUGUCCAGCUGAUGGCCAAAUCCUGCUAUUCCAUCUCCAAAACAUUUCCAUUCUCACAUGCUCCAAUCUUACAUGUAAUCUUAAAACCAUCCACACAAGCACAACAUGCGACCUGAGUCUUCAGCAAAAUGCACCGUUAUGAAGACAAUGGUCGAAAUGCAUUGUGCUUGUGGUUUCAAAAGCAAACCUCUCUAAUUUGUUAAAAUUAAUUGACAGAUUAUAAAUCUGCCCAUAAAGCGUAGAUUGGGGAAGGAUAGCUGAAAUUGAGGAUUGUGGUUGGUAAAACUGCCAAAUAUAACAAAUCCACUGCAUAAGUAAUUACUUUAUGAUUAUGUGACUAGUUUGAAUGGUUUUUGGUGUCUGGAGACUCCUGGCAACUUUCUUCCUUUCAGUGUUAAACUUUUCUUAAUUUUUUUUUUUUUUUGCUAAACAAUAGUCCCAAGAACCCAUACCGUUUGUGGUGAUUAGACUAAUGAGAAAACUUUGAUUUGAUAUAUAGUGGGCAGCUGUGAUAGGCUGAAAGUAGUCAAAUGGAACUCUCAGUCAAUCACAGUGCACAUUGCUGGUUUGAAUUAAUAUUACUAAAAUCAUUUUUGUAAUAUCUGCCUUAGUGAUGCCUCCAGUAUGAACCAGGCUGUGGGUGGACUUCGGACCCUUAUAAAGUGUUAAGUUGCUUGAAAUUGGUUUAACCCCUUAAGGACUGAGCCAAAUGUACACGCUGUGAACGAAACAAAAUGUAAACAAAACCUGGCAUUUGCGCUACAUGUCUGUCCAACCAUAAUUCACCUCUUUCAUAUUAAAUGCACCCACCCUUAUUAUAUAUCAUUUUAUUCAGGGGAAAAAGGGCUUUCAUUUAAUAUCAAAUAUUUAGCUAUGAAACAUUUAAUAUGAAAAUAAUGGGAGAAAAUCCGAAUUUCUUUUAAUUUUUUUAGUUCUACAUGACAUUUUAACUGUCAAUGUCUUAAUACUGUUUGCUUUUACUGCAAUAAAAUACACCUAUUUGUAUUCCGCAAAGUCUCACGUGUAAAACAGUACCCCCUAUGUACAGGUUUUAUGGCGUUUUGGGAAGUUACAGGGUCAAAUAUAGCACGUUACAUUUGAAAUUGAAAUUCGCCAGAUUGGUUACGUUGCCUUUGGGACUUUAUAGUAGCCCAGGAAUAAAAUUUACACCCAUAAUGGCAUACCAUUUGCAAUAGUAGACAACCCAAGGUAUUGCAAAUGGGGUAUGUCCAGUCAUUUUUAGUAGCCAUUUGGUCACAAACACUGGCCAAAGCUAGCGUUAGUAUUUGUGUGAAAAAUGCAAAAAACGCCAAUUUUUGCCAGUGUUUGUGACUAAGUGGCUACUAAAAAAGACUGGACUUACCCCGUUUGCAAUACCUUGGGUUGUCUACUAUUGCAAAUGGUAUGCCAUCAUAGGGGUAAUUUUCAUUCUUGGGCUACCAUAGGGUCUCAAAGGCAACGUAACCAAUCUGGCGAAUUUUAAUGUGAAAAAAAUGAAACGCAAGCCUUAUAUUUGACGCUGUAACUUUUGAAAACACCAUAAAACCUGUACAUGAGGGGUACUGUUGUACUCGGGAGACUUCGCUGAACACAAAUAUUUGUGUUUCAAAACAGCAAAAAGUAUCACAGCAAUAAUAUCGUCCGUGUAAGUGCUGUUUGUGCAUGAAAAAUGCAAAAAAGUCACUUUUACUGGCGAUAUCAUCGUUGUAAUACAUUUUACUGUUUUGAAACACUAAUAUUUGUGUUCAGCGAAGUCUCCCGAGUAGAACAGUACCCCCCAUGUACAGGUUUUAUGGUGUCUUGGAAAGUUAUAGGGUUAAAUAUAGUGCUAGCAAAUUAAAUUCCCUUUACUUUCGGCAUGGGUUGUCAGGCAAGUCCCACUAAUUGUAAUUAAUUAAGAUACCUAAUUAUGUAAAAAUAUUACAUAAAUAUAUAUGUAGAAUUAAUAUAUGUGUGUGUAUGUAUGUGUGUGUGUGUGUGUAUAUAUAUAUAUAUAUGUGUGUGUGUAUGUAUGUGAAUCUAUAUGUGUGUAUGUAUGUGUAUAUAUAAUAUAUAUGUUUUUAAAAUAUUUUUAUUUAUAUAUAGGUGUGUGUGUGUGUGUGUGUGUGUGUGUGUGUGUAUGUAUAUAUAUAUAUGUGUAUAUAUAUAUAUAUAUAUAUAUAUAUAUAUAUAUAUAUAUAUAGUAUGUAGAUAUAUAUAUUUCGUUCUAUGUGUAUUUUGAUAUUAAUAUCACAAUAGUUAGAACGAAAUUACACACAUCUAUAUAUUUUUUAAUAUUUUUUUAAAUUUAUUAUUAAUAAUUAUAUAUUUAAUCAGUAUCAGUCUACGUGUAAUUUGAUAAUAUAUAUAUAUAUAUAUAUAUAUAUUUUAAUAGUAAAAUACACCUAUACGGUGUGUGUGUGUGUGUAUGUAUAUAUGUGUGUGUGUGUGUGUGUGUGUAUAUAUAUAUAUAUAUAUAUAUAUAUAUUUUUUUUUUUUUACACUUAUUAAUUUGAUUUUAUUUUCAGCCAGCAGGGGGACCACCUGUCAUUACAGGCAGCCCCCCUGCUGGCAAUGCAGGAGGCAGCCUACCCGGCCAUGUGAUUGUGGGGUCCUCGCAAGGACCUCACUCUCACAUGGCCUGGGGGGCUGCCAGGAGGAAGAUCUGCUGCGGGGGGGCUCCCUGGGAGUCCCCCCCACCGCGAUCGCCGGCGUGGGACCGCCGGCGACCGGGUAAGUAAGAGCCGCGUUUAGAGCCGCCUAAAAUAGGGCGUAAUUGUACACCGUCCAGUCUUAAGGGGUUAAAGGGAAACCAUAGUGCCAGGAAAACAAAGUUGUUGAUGGAGGAAGAGGAUCAGGCUAAGGGGAGAUAAGUUUGUGAUUUAUUAUUUGAUCAGUAGGUUUACUUUCACACUAGUUUUUGGUUGGAGUAAGUUUAAUCACUCUCGCGAUUUCAAUAGAAUGUGCACACAAUAUAGUUAUCCUUCCCAUGAAAUCUUGAAACUACAUAGCAAAGCAGAUUGCAGCAUAAAUGUACUAUGCCAGGAAUCCAUAGUAGCAAACUGCAAUAACUAGUCAUCCCAUAUCCAUGUUCAGCCUUCUCGAAUGUAGAUAUGGGCUGAUUAUUGCCCCUUGCACUACAAAACACUGGAUGGCACAUUCAUGCUGCAAGUUGAUUUGCUAUUUAGCCCCACUAGAAGAAUAUAAGGUUCACAACUUAGUAAAUUGUUAGCGUGAUGCAAGUUAAUCUUUCCAAAAAAAAAUAAGAAAUUAUAAUAAUAAUAAUAAAUUCUAUGUGGCACUUAAAUUGGCAUGUGUAUUAUAGUUGCUUACAUAAUUUCUUAUUAAUAAACUAUAUUUUACUUAAAAAGAACAUUUCAAUUACAAAUUAUUUGACAGUUUUAAUUUGUAUUUCAGUUUUUUUUUUUUUUUUCCAGCUUUUAAUUAUGUAUGUAGGGGAGAUUUUUGUCCUUUUUCAAAUCAAAGUUUUGAUCAAAGAUUGAUCACUUUGUUUAUGCAGCCCUAGUCACACCUCCUUGCGUGGAACAUGUACAGCCUUCCUAAACACUUCCUGCAAAGACGGACCUACUGUGUAAACUUCCUUUAUUGCAUAUUCUGCUUAAAGGACCACUGUAGUGCCAGGAAAACAAACUUGUUUUCCUGGCACUAUGGGGUCUUUGGGUCCCUUUCCCGCCGGACUCGAGAGGGGUUUAGGGGUUAAACUCUUACCUUUCUCCAGCACCAGGCUCCCUCGGCGCUGGGGUAAACAUAACUAUAGUAAAGUUUGCCAAUUGCAAGAAGAAAAAUGUAGCAUAAGAGGGUAUUGUGAUACGUACAUUUAACAGGUUUAUUGCCUGCAAUCUACAACAAUCUACUUAUAAGCAAGCUACCAUGCUCAUAUAGCCCACCUGUGCUUUGGUAAGCUAUGUGUCUUAUAAUGCUGGUUUUCAUUCGAGAAUCGUACAAAUAAAAUGUACCAUAUUUGUUUUAGGGUUUGGAAGAAAAUCCACUUGAUCUUUUUGACUUCGGGAGGACAAGCAAUUGUAAGUAUAACAUGAAAGAUUUCCCAGUUUUGGACACUCUGUUUGGGUUUAUAUAGAAUUUAAUGAAUGCAUGAAAACUGCAUCCAGUCAGGAAGAGAAUAAGUAACGGAUGGCAGCACUUACAGAGAGACGGGAGUUUAAGAAUCUCCUGUUAUGUAAUGAUGUUACAAGAAACAUAUGAGAUAAAAGUGCUUGCUAGCGAACAUCUGUUGCAUAAUGCCCUUUGAAGUGUCUAUAGCUAUAGAGGUGUUUUGUUCUUGCUUUCUUUCCUUCCCUUUGCCCAUAGUACUGCUAUUCGUAGUUGUACAAUUCCUUUACAAUUUAGGUUUGUAUGAUUGAUCAUUCUGUAAUGUAAGUUAACAGGGUUACAAAAUAAAAUUCUGAUUGUUUAAUUCAUUACAGUGAAUUCCUCUAGUAGGCUGUUGCACUAUACAAAUUGUAUCUCUUUUAUCCUUUAGACUGGCAUAUUUUGUCCUAGAGGUUGUUACCACCUAUGUUACUUUCUAGUGACUUUGACAGUUUAUCCUUCUUUUAUAGUUGUUUUGUUUAAAAGUAAUGUUACCAUGAACCCCUUGCCGUAGACAGGCUUUCUUAACAGACUUCAUCACAUCCACCCUUACACAUUCCUACAGUUAACGUUUUAAAGCCGCUUUGUGUGCUGCAGCCAGUGGGAGAAGAAGGUAGUAGAUUUACUUACUGUGACAGAGCUCCCUCGGGUACCUCUGUCAAGUCCGCUUGCAGGGACCCUGGAAAGCAUCUGCCCCAGUCGCCGCAGCUUGACUGGGGUCUUUCUGGAGCUUUUGCACCUGACCAGGCAGCAGCUGUCCUUCUAGACAGGUAUCGUCCCAUCUGUAGCUCUGCUUACAGUGAUUAUAGUUCUUAUCUUUACAAAGGCAAUUGCACCUCUCAGGCCUAGCUCUCGAUUUAUUCCAGGGUUAGAGGGUUCCUGUAACCAGAAAACCGGUCCAAAGACUCUGUCACUAGGAUUCAUGAUAAUCCACUCAGGACACAAGUUCCAAAAGGAAUUUACAUACUAAACUUUAUUUUUCUCGGAACUAGCCCAUUGCUAGCCCAGAUUGCUGUGAAAACACAAUAAAAAAUACAAACCAUCAAAUCAUAGCAGGCAACUUUAUUAUAACACUAUGACAUAUUUAUAAAGGGGUGGGGAAGACCAUAAUUAACAGAAAAUAUCUCUCCUGCCUGCAUAAUUAGCAAUAUGCAAAUCUAUCCUAGUAUGCAAAUUAACCAGCCUUGCUAUUCAGGUAGUGCAUAUUGCUGUUGCUACCAACAGAGGGCACUACACAUAGCCAAAUCCACCUAGUUGGUAGCAAUCCUCAGCAGUACAGGAGAGCAGGCAAACCAUUUAACAGUACACAUACAUUAUAAACAAUUACAUUACACACACCCUGCACCUAUAAUAUGUACAGGGUGACUAAAACAUGAGAAAAGUCCAGCAACCUACAUAAAUAGUCUGUCUGAAGGUGCAGGUGAUGGUGACUUACCUUAAGCUUCCAUCUUACUUCAAUGUACAUCAUUGAGCAAUCCUGUGCUUGGUCCUCCAAAUAUCAUAUCUCAUGUGUGGGAAAAUGCCUCUUUAACUUGAGAAAAGUUCAUAAUGGAAGCUCCACCAAUUGUCAACUUUUGCCAACCUUUGACAUUACCAUAGUCCCUACUUUGUGUUUGUAUCUUUUGUUUGUUGGAAUUUUUAUGAAAUCAUUAUGCAGUCAAUAGCAGUAUUUCAUACAGAUUACAAAGAAGUCUCAGCUCCACUUUAAAGGACAAUUGGCAUCAAAUUUUCACUUCUUUUUUUAAAAAGUUUACUAUAUUAUAGCAUCCUUGUUACUGUUUGGGGUCUUUGCCUAAUUUGGAAAUUAGGUGACUAAGUGGCUACUAAAAAUGACUGGACAUACCCCAUUUGCAAUACCUUGGGUUGUCUACUUUUUCAAAUGGUAUGCCAUCAUGGGGGUAAUUCUCAUUCCUGGGCUACCAUACGGCCUCAAAUGCAACGUAACCAAUCUGGCAAAUUUCAGUGUGAAAAAAAUGAAAUGCAAGCCUUAUAUUUGACUCUCUAACUUUCCAAAACACCAUAAAACCUGUACAUAGGGGGUACUGUUAUACUUUGGAGACUUCACUGAACACAAACAUAAGUGUUUCAAAACAGUAAAACAUAUUACAACAAUAUCGUCAGUAAAAGUGCCGUUCGUGUGUGAAAAAUGCAAAAAAAAUCACUUUUAUUAAAUAUAUCAUCAUUGUAAUACAAUUUAUCAUUUUGAAACACUAAUAUUUGUGUUCAGCGAAGUCUCCCGAGUGAAACAGUACCCCCCAUGUACAGGUUUUAUAGUGUCUUGGAAAGGGCUGCCUGGGCUGUCAGACAGCCCUCCAGAAGAGGAUCGCAGCGGAGGAAAGUCCACCGGAGCUCCUCGGGCUGAAAGCCGUUACAGCUGUGAGCCGGGGAGAAACCAAAGGUGGACAAGUAAGAGAUAAAAAAAAAAAAAAAAUGCAAUGAUAAACAUUGCAGGGAGGGCUCGAAUGAGGAAGGAAGAUAUGGCUUUUCUUUUCAGGUGCAAUGCAUGUAGUGGUAAAAGUUCAUUACGUCUGCCGUCAGCACACCGUUCAUACGAACGUCAGAAUUAAUUUGUGCACAGUGUUAACAGAGUUCCAGGUUGCCUAAGUCAAGUAUGUUGGAGGUCAACAAUCACCUGGCACAAAAUUGUAGGUAUUAUUAUUAUUUAUAUAGUGCCAAGAAAUUCUGCAGCGCUGUGCAAUGGGUGGACUAACAAACACGUAAUUGUAACCAGAAAAGUUGGACGCACUGGAACAGAGGGAUUGAGGGCCCUGCUCAAUGAGCUUACAUGCUAGAGGGAGUGGGUUAGAGUGACACAAGGUAAGGGUAGGAGUAGAAUAGUAUUUGCUGAAGACUUGGUGUUUUGAUUACCGUUGUAGGAGGGCUGGGAGAGCUAUUAACUUUUUAAUUGAUAUGCUUUCCUGAAGAAAUGAGUUUCAAUGACUUUUUUUGAAGGAGUGGAGACUGGAUGAGUGUCUUAACGGAGAAAGGAAGGAAGUUCCACAGGAACCGUGGAGCCUUAGAACCUCAGAUGUGGGACUACGAACAGGGGAUAGACGUAAGUCUUCGGCAGAGCGUAGGGGCCUAGAUGGGACAUACUUGCGUAAUAGGGAAGACAGGUUGGAGCAGUAUUGUGUAGAGAUUUGUAAGCAAGAACCAACAUUUUAAAUUGAGUCCUAUAUCUUAGAGGAAGCCAAUGUAGGGACUGACAGAAGGGUGAGGUGUGCGCAGAAGGGAAGAUGAGCCUCGCCUCAUUCAUUGUAGACUGUAAUGGAGCAAGUUGGGAGCACGUUAGACCACUGAGAAGCGUAUUGCAGUAGUCAAGGCGAGAGGUCAGCGGCAUGCACCAGAACCUUGGCUGUGUCCAGCGUUGAGUAGGAGCGGAUGUGCGCUUUGUUUUUUAGGUGGAAGUGUCAGGAUUUGGCUAUUGAUUGGACAUGAGGGUCGAGAGAGAGAUCGGAGUCAGAACACCUAGGCAGAGCGCCAGUGAGGCGGAGCUGAUGGUCGUGCCGUUAUCGUAGCGGGAGACCGAAACGGGAGUAGCAACAUUUGAGGGAGCAAAGACUAAAAGUUGAGUUUAAGGAAAUGAGAUAUCUCUGUAUGUGCAGCGCUUUAAACUGAAACUCUGCUCGUACAGAUUUCUUCAUGGCCAUUUCUAAAAGCAGAAGUGGUCAUGGAGGUUGUAGUAAUCCCUUACAAAAUUAGGUGAUUUACAAAUAUGGCUCUUAUUGCACAGCAAGCUCCUGUUAGGUUCCUCAAAAACAAGCCAACUUUAAAACCUAAAAAUACCAAAAAGAAGGAAGUGCACUGAAAUUAUACAAAGUAUUCUUAUCUUAUUAAAAAGAAAAAUCAUUCUCUUCAUAUUGUUAAUUGAAUUACACCCAACAAAUAAACAAACCUAUACAAAAUAUUUGAUUUUAUCUGAAUUUUUUAUUGUAGUAUAUAUUAUAUAAUAACCCGAUUUCAGCUCUAUGCAGCGUCCAACAAUAAACCAACUUUGAUCAUAACAUGUCAGUUUCCAGGAGGCACCGAUGAAGAUGGGGAUGAAAGGAACCUCUCACAGCAGCAGAUAACGCUGCAAAAUAAACGUAUAUCAAGUAAUAGUGCCAACCUCAAGCUGAAAUUGGGCAAAAUUCCACCAUUUCUUUCAGCUGCUGUGCAAUGGAAGGUACUUUGGAAGCAAGGUGUCCUGGUAUCCUGAUUAAAAUAACUCCUGAGCCAAUGGCUGAGCUACUGUGGUCGCCGGAGUCACAGCAGCGACCGGGCCCAGCUUCCCUGUGGAUCCCUUGCCACCGGGUGCCUGUCUGCUAUAUGUUGCGGCCAUGCGGUAGAACCGCCGGGGCCGCACAUUGGGCCCAUUGAGUGGCCCAUGCUGUUAGGGCCACUCAAUUGAAAUGAAUUUCCAGGCGGCCCGGUCAGCGCUGCGGCACUUUAACAGCGCAACCGGGCCCCCUUUGAUGACAUCAGAACACAGUGAGGAAGUUACUGCCCCAGCAACUUUCUCCCUUAAAUCAUAGAGCCUGUGCAGGAGGAAGAGAGGAGGGAUUCAGAGAGGGAACUCUGACUCCCAUCAGCCUAAACCACUGGACCCCAGGGAAAGUUCCACUCCUGCACCUAAAAGGUAGGAAACAGGAGGACAUUUUGCAUGUGUCUCUGUGUGUAUGUCUGUAUGUAUGUGUGUUUGUAUGUAUGGGCCUCUGUGUGUGUCUGUAUGUAUGGGUCUCUGUGUGUAUGUGUGUGUGUCUGUAUGUACAGUGAAGGAAAAAAGUAUUUGAUCCCCUGCUGAUUUUGAACGUUUUCCACUGACAAAGAAAUGAUCAGUCUAUAAUUUUAAUGGUACGUGUAUUUUAACAGUGAGAGACAGAAUAACAACAAAAAAAUCCCAGAAAAACGCAUGUCAAAAAAGUUAUAAGUUGAAUUUCAUGUCAAUAAGUGAAAUAAGUAUUUGAUCCCCUAUCAAUCAGCAAGAUUUCUGGCUCCCAGGUGUCUUUUAUACAGGUAACAAGCUGAGAUUAGGAGCACUCUCUCUUAAAGGCAGUGCUCCUAAUCUCAGCUAGUUACCUGUAUAAAAGACACCUGUCCACAGAAGCAAUCAGUCAAUCAGAUUCCAAACUCUCCACCAUGGCAAAGACCAAAGAGCUGUCCAAGGAUGUCAGGGACAAGAUUGUAGACCUACACAAGUCUGAAUGGGCCACAAGACCAUCGCCAAGCAGCUUGGUGAAAAAGUGACAACAGUUGGUGCGAUUAUUCGCAAAUGGAAGAAACACAAAAUAACUGUCAGUCUCUCUCGGUCUGGUGCUCCAUGCAAGAUCUCACCUCGUGGAGUUUCAAUGAUCAUGAGAACGGUGAGGAAUCAGCCCAGAACUACACGGGAGGAUCUUGUUGAUGAUCUCAAGGUAGCUGAAAUCCUGCAGUGCCCACAAGGUCCCCCAGCUCAAGAAAGCACAUGUACAUGCCCGUCUGAAGUUUGCCAAUGAACAUCUGAAUGAUUCAGAGGAGAACUGUGUGAAAGUGUUGUGGUCAGAUGAGACCAAAAUCAAACUCUUUGGCAUGAACUCAACUCGCCGUGUUUGGAGGAGGAGGAAUGCAGCCUAUGACUCGCAAGAACACUAUCCCCACCGUCAAACAUGGAGGUGGAAACAUUAUGCUUUGGGGGUGUUUUUCUGCUAAAGGGACAGGACAACUGCACUGCAUCAAAGGGAUGAUGGACGGGGCCAUGAACUGUCAAAUCUUGGGUGAGAACCUCCUUCCCUCAGCCAGGGCAUUGAAAAUGGGUAUUCCAGCAUGACCCAUUGUACAGGGCUACGGAAUCUGAUGGCGCUAUAUAAAUAAUAAAAUAAUAAUGACAACGACCCAAAACACACAGCCAAGGCAACAAAGGAGUGGCUCAAGAAGCAGCACAUUAAGGUCCUGGAGUGGCCUAGACAGUCUUCAGACCUUAAUCCCAUAGAAAAUCUGUGGAGGGAGCUGAAGGUUCGAGUUGCCAAACGUCAGCCUCAAAACCAUAAUGACUUGGAGAGGAUCUGCAAAGAGGAGUGGGAGAAAAUCCCUCCUGAGAUGUGUGCAAACCUGGUGGCCAACUACAAGAAAUGUCGGACCUCUGUGAUUGCCAGCAAGUACUAAGUCGAAGGGGUCAAAUACUUAUAAAUUGAUUUGCAUGUCAAUGAGUGAAAUAACUUUUUUGACAUGCGUUUUUCUGGAAUUUUUUUUUUUUUUUUCUCGUUAUUCUGUCUCUCACUGUUAAAAUACACCUACCAUUAAAAAAAAUAUAGACUGAUCAUUUAAUUGUCAGUGGGCAAAUGUUCAGGGGAUCAAAUACUUUUUUCACUCACUGUAUGUGUGUGUGGGGUGGCGGCCGAGUAGGCAUAUGGGGGAGGGGCGGUCCCAUGGUUUCUAGUUACGCCUCUAACCAUAGUCAUAUAUAUAUAUAUAUAUAUUGAACACUAGAGGGUGUGAAUGUCCUCUGUAAUAAUCUACGGAAUAUUAAAGCAAGACAUAUAGAUUGGUGCCUUUUUGCAAGCAGAAAUGCAUAAUUAUAUAUAUAUUAUUUUUUUUCUCUCGCAAUUUCGUGGGCCCUUUUAAAACCCUUGUAUUGGUGACCUAAAUCAUUUACGAUCUUUGAUUUCCCUGGCUUUCGAAGGAAGAAGUCCAGUUACUGGCAAGCUUUGUAACAUUGAAGCAAAGGUCAAAGAUCUUUCUCUAGGGGACCAUAGCCUGUCUAGUCUGAGGGCUUACAGAAAAACACAUAAGAAAAAAAACUUUAUUUUAAAUCCUAUUGAUUUUCCUUCUCACCUUGUGUUUCUUAUUCACUUGCUAUUUCGGUGGAGGCUACCAGGUGCAAAUUGUUGGAGAUGAGGUGUAUAAAAGAGGUUUCUUUGAAAGUAAAUGUAAAGGACUUCUCAGAUGUGCACUGUAUUUUUAAAUUUUUCUUCCACCACCUGGGGGCAGCAUAGUACACUCUAUAAAAUGGAUUUGUCCUUAGUGGCAUUCAUUGUUCCUGAGUAUAUCCUGUUUGCUAGCAAAAAAGCUGCUGCCAUUCUUUUGAAUUUAUCGAUCCUUUACUCUUUCACCAAAAAUUUUGGGAACUGAGUAAAGCAACUCAAUUCUUGCAUUAUUCCCUUGAGUCAGGAAUCUUGUAAACUGAUUUUUAAAUGUUUUGAAAUUCAUUAAAGUACCUAAACAUGUUUUGCAGUACACACUUCUAACAAUGUUUUUUUUUGCUUUUGUGGAAUGAAGGGUGGGUAGGGCGUUACUGUCUCUCUAAGGUUUUUUUUUUUUAUGUAGUAUAUACAUGGGGAAGCAUUGGAUUGGCUGAAAUCAUCAAGACUGGUGGAAGUAAGGUGAGUUAACCCUUUUAUUUCAGUUGGUGUUUGGGUGCUCAUAUAACUAAUUACCAACUAUAGCAUUAGCAAUGUUUGUAUAAUAUUGUUGGUAUGACAUCCUAAAGGAGAUAUUCACAUUAACCUCUACAUCUUACCCUAGUAUUUAUGGCUAUGGAUGCAAUAUAUUUUUCACCUUGUCUUUCUUUAAACCAUGUUAUGAUAUGAGAAGUGGCAAGUAAGAUUCCCAUCUCUCUAGUGUAUAAAGUGCUUCCAAGCCCUGUAAUUAGUAUUCUAAAGCAUUUUGGGGGGUAAGUGAGCGGGGAGCGGAGGCACUAUAACUUCAAUAAAAUAAAGUUGUUAAGGUGCCUACAGUUAAUUCAAGAUGAGAUAAGCACUUUUUUCACAGUAAAAAUUGUAUAAAAUAAAGUUCACGGAAAUACCGUAUUUCCAUUGUUAACCUGCAAAUCUAUGCACAAGCAAUGAGCACUUUACCUUAAAGGAACACUAUAGUGUCAGGAAUAUACAUGUGUAUUCCUGACAUUAUGUUAAAAACUCAAUUUAGGUGGCCAACCCCUCCUUACCUCCUUUAACAAGAUUGAAAACAUACAUUUAUUCCAGUGCCAUGUGGGUCUGCCAUUAGAGCUCUGUCCUCGUUCGCCUCUUGGCUGAGAUCAUUAAACUGAUAUCAGCCAAUCCAAUGCGUUCACAUAGGAAAGCAUUGUGAGGCUAAUGCGCACAACACUGUGGUGCACCAAUCCGUUUCUUCUCAUAGAGAUUAAAUCAAUGCAGAGUGUGGAGACUUUGAACGUCAGUGCUGCACACUGUGUAACGCUAACCCAGGAAGCACCUCCAGUGGCCAUCUGAGGAGUGGCCUCUAGAUGUGUCACUUUUCAUUAAAAUGUCUGCAGGGAACUAAUAUACACACCAGAACUAUAUUAAGCUGCAGUUGUUCUGGUGACUAUGGUGUCCUGUUAAUGUAACACUAUAGUGACAAGAAUACAAACUUGUUGUUCUGUCGCUAUAUAGUUAUGAAAGUUUAGAUCACCUCCCCCUCGUCCAUUAAGUAAAAAAAAAAAGUUACUCGCUUUUCUUUCAGUGCUGCGCAAAUCUCUCGUGACUGGCCCUGCCUACACUCAUCCCCUUGACUUGAUGAUCUCAGGCAAUUUAAUGCUUUCCCAUAAGGAAAACAUUAGGAGGCUUACGCAUGCAUGACAAAAUGUUGUGCUGCGCUAAUCCGCAUCUUCUCAUAGAGAUGCAUUAAAUCAAUGCAUCUUUAUGAGGAACGUUCAGUGUCUCCAAUGCUGAGCGUGGAGUUGCUGUAUGUCGGUUCUGCACAUUGUGUCUAGUUCCUAGGCAGCAGAGUAAGCACAGCCUUUUUCUCUGUAAAGGUAGUGUUUACCUGCAGUUACAGGCUAUGAACACCAGAACAAUUACAUUAAGCUGUAUUUGUUCUGGUGACUAUAGUGUCCCUUUAAGUACAACAUUUUACUAUUGUGUGAAGUGAAAUACAUCUGUACCAUUUAAGUGUGAGGAAGGAGAGGCAAGCAGUUAAAUGAAACCUUCUGAUCAGCUUACAAACCUAAGAAUCUUACUGCACAUAGCUUGAAGUUCUUUAUUCCCUCCCUCGAGGAGAAAGAUGGCACAUAAGUAUGGGAAUAUUUUAAUGAAGUUUCUCUAACUGUGGGUAAAGCAGGCAUGCAUACACAUUUCAAGAAAUGCAAGGUGGCCAGAAUGAAAUAACGUUAUGAGAAGUGCUAUAAAGAAAAAAACAUGUUUGAAGAGGCAGGAUCUUCAGGUUGGUUAACUGUUUAUAUCUCACCACCUCCAUGACAUAUUGUCAAGGCUGGAGAUGUAAGAGGGUCUAGUUUCUGCUAUUGUACUAAUGUAAUCACCUUCUCUAGCCUGUAACCGUAUUGUGAUCAGCGCAGCACAUCACUUCCAGUUCCAGGAAUCUGUCUUUUCAAACCUUGAGUAUGCUGCGGUUUUCAGUCACCGCAAAAUUCCAUUCUCCAGCAUUACGCUUUCUUGGCGUUCGCAAAACUGAAGGCAUAUCCAUUCGACAGAAUUGCUCUCUUAGCUUGUGGGGAGUUUUAGCCUAACCGACCUGAAGUUCAACUUUGUUCGGUGAUAUUCAAUGGAUAGAAGAUAUAAAGGGAGGGAAAUUUUAUGUUGCUCAACAUCUUUACCGGUUAUUUGACAUGCGUGUUAUGCAUCCAAAUCCUUGGGGUUGGCCGGCACCUACUUUGAUCUUCUUUUAUGAAUACAAUUAUUAAUUCUUACAUGUAUGUAUUCAGGGGAGGGUGUAUAAGUCGUGGGUCUCCAUACGCUUUAGCGAACGCAUUCAAUUCUACAAAUUACACUUUUAUACAUUUUACUAGUUAUUCUAGGUUCCACUAACCUGUUAGGAAUAAGUUAAUAAAAAAAAAAAAAACCUCUUCAGUUGUUACCUGGUAAGUUAUUGGCAUAUGUUUUAUGCCCUUAUAUGCCAGUUUAGGUGGCAUGUCAUUACAGAGGCUACUUUCUUACAUUUUUUAAAUUCUCAAUGUUGGUGGCCAGCUGGUUUACUUCCAAGUCUGGCAUAUUAAGGCAGGGCUCGAACAAUCCCGGUCGCCUGGGAUUGAUCGACCCGUUCCCUGCUCAAUCUCCGUGCACCUUUUGGUGCGCUGUUGUAUCGGGAAGAAGUGAAGGGAUCUGUAAUUUCAUCCUCCCAGCACUGAGGCUGCGCAGGGGAAUGGGCAUAAGGUAAAGUCUGCCCUGCUUGCUGUCUGCCCCCAUUUCUCAGAGCUAGCCCGCCCCUAUUUCUCAGAGCUCUCCUGCCUAUUCCAAGCAUGCCUCAGCGACAGGAGGAAGUAAUUACAGUUCCCUUAACUACAUCCUGGCACACAGAAAGCUAGAAGGGGCUCCCAUCAGCUGCAGCCAGCUCUACUAAUCUAAUAUCAUCAGCCCAGUCACACUGGACCCCAGGAAAGUCACCAUCCUGAGCCCAAAAGGUAGGAAACAGGAGGGUGGCUAAAAAUGUUUUUAUUUUAUUUAAAAAAAAUAUAUAUAUUUUUUUUAUAUCCUUGUGGAUCUAUUUGAGUGUAUCAAAUAAUAAAUACUUUGUUAGUGUUUUAGAGAAUGUGUGUGUCUGUCAGAGAAUGUGUAUGCUUAGGACACCAGUCCCCUCCGAUCGUGUUUUUUCUCACCUUUUUUCCAAAACGUGCCGGUCUCACCACAGCUGGCCCGCCUCCAUAGCUGAGAUUAUAAAUUCUCAAUCAGCAUCUCCUCAUAGGGCUUCAUUAAAUCAAUGCAUCUCUACAUGGAAAGUUUAACACCUCCAUGCAGAGUGUAGACACUGAAAUAGAAGACACUUUAGUGGCUGUUUGAGUGACUGCCACUAGAGAUGUUACUAUGCAGUAACGUAAACACUGCCUUUUCUUUGAAAAGGCAGAAUUUACAUUGAAAAGCCUGCAGGGAAAAUCUGUAGACACCAGAGCCAGUUCAUUAAGCUGUGGUAGCUCUGGUGACCAUAGUGUUUCUUUAAGAAUUGCAUUUUUGGGGGGGGUGGGGCCUGACCGCCAUGCUGACUGGUCGCAGGCUGGAGAGGCUCCUGCAGGAAUUGGCCUACUUUGGGGGGAAAUGCCAAGCUUAAAGCCUGUCUCAGAGCCAAGAGGCCACCUCUCAUGUCCGGGUGGUUGCCGGUGCCACUGCGGUCCCCGAGAUCGGAAGUUUUGCAGCCCCAGGGUGAAAUGCGAGGCUUCGGCGCCUGCGGCCUAUGUGGGUGGAGAGUGGGGCAGACGGCCGCCGUCCCGCGUCGGAACCUGGCUGCCGUCCAAUAGCCCAGUGAUGUCUCAAAGGUCCCUGCUUCCCCCCCAUGGACCGGGGGGGUUAUCCCAGGCCACACUGGAGGUAACCACCGCCCAAUCCUGACCCUCCGAGUCCACCUAACACUGCGCAUCCCACGCCUGGGUGCCAAAAUGGCGGCGACGUGACUGAAGCCGAGAAUCGCAUCUGCAAGCAGCUCAGCCCGCAUUAAGCAGCAUACACCAUGGGCCACGGAGCCCGAACCAGCAGACAAGCCUCUGACAAGCCCCUACUUACCCACUCACGGAUCAAGCCUGGCUCCACGACAGCCUUCCCGGGUGGGGAGCCCCCAACGUUGAAAUAUCAAGAGCUGGGGGCCGGAGGCGUGGUAAUCGCUAUACCAACCGAACAGGAGCAGACCACAUCUCACAGGCACACCACACUACAUAGCAGUGGAUCAUCAGUCCAGUUCAGCCAUUCUCAUUAAGCUUGCUAAUACUCCAAUGUUAACCCUGUAAGCAAAUACAUAUACCAACACUGAUGUAGGGGUUGACAAAUUGCUGCUACCCAAGUUAGCCUGAUCUUAAAGGAACACUAUAGUCUCCUAAAUUACUUUAGCUAAAUAAAGCAGUUUUAGUGUAUAGAUCAUAACCCUGCAAUUUCACUGCUCAAUUCAUUGUCAUUUAGGAGUUAAAUUUUUUGUUUCUGUUUAUGCAGCCCUAGCCACACCUCCCUGGCUAUGAUUGACAGAGCCUGCAUAAAAAAAAAAAAAACUGGUUUCACUUUCAAACAGAUGUAAUUUACCUUAAAUAAUUGUAUCUCAAUCUCUAAAUUAAACUUUAAUCACAUACAGGAGGCUCUUGCAGGGUCUAGCAAGCUAUUAACAUAGCAGGGGAUAAAAAAAUCUUAAUUAAAUAGAACUUGCAAUAAAGAAAGCCUAAAUAGGGCUCUCUUUACAGGAAGUGUUUAUGGAAGGCUGUGCAAGUCACAUGCAGGGAGGUGUGACUAGGGUUCCUAAACAAAGGGAUUUAACUCCUAAAUGGCAGAGGAUUGAGCAGUGAUGCUGCAGGGGCAUGUUUUAUACACCAAAACUGCUUCAUUAAGCUAAAGUUGUUCAGGUGACUAUAGUGUCCCUUUAACCUGUGUGAUUGUUAACAUUUAGCCUGACAACUCGUGAAUUACCUGAAAUCUUGUGUCAUAUAAUCUUUUAUUGUUUUGCUUGUCAAUAUAAAAAUAAUGUGCUGUACCCCUCACAUGCCAUGUUAACUAACUGCUUAUAAUACAGUUGUGGAUGCUGUUGUGGCACCGUAAGAUCAAAUGUUGUAUGUUUCACACGCACAAGAAAAAUAAAGAAUUAAAAAAAAAAAAAUUGCAUUUUUGUCAUUGGAAAAUAAAAAGCUGUCUCCUAGAUUGAACACAAUUUUUUUCAACACCUGUAUUAAGGUAUAUUAAUUUACCUUAUAAAUUAGCUAUAUAUAUAUAUAUACAUUUUCCUAUGUUCACAUAUUAUUUAGUCUAUAAGGUCGGAGAGUCAAUUUUGGUGUCCAGAUAUAUCUUGACAUUUUAUUAAUCCCCCUAACAGGAAAGUUUAAUAACCAUAGCUACUCGUACCAUUUCAAUAUUGUAUGUCUUUAGUCUAGAUAUAUUGUAUUACUAUAUACAUAGUUCAUGUAUACAUUUCAUUUUAGAUCUAGGGUGCAAUUCAUUGAUCAGCCUCCUUGUGCAAGGUUCAAAUAACUCUUAAAGUGGCACUGUCAUGCCAAACUUACCUUUACCUAAUUGCUUUCUCUUAUCUCAGUAUCUGUUCUUCUUUUUCUUCCUAUUUGCUCUAUUUUUUUUUUUGUUUGUUUUUUUUAAACCUAAGACAAAGUAGGGACUAUUUUGUCUUAUGUAUUUUUUCCUACUCAUGGCCAGUUCUGACCUACUUCCAUUGGGUCAGAGAAAAUUUCCCACAAUACUCACCCUUUCUUCAGUGAUCUUGUGAUGCCUGCUUUCAGUAUUCCCAAACGUCCUGUCACAUAGACAGGACGCCGGCGAAACUACCGAAUUUUGACAAUAGUUCCCCCCCCCCUCCUCUUUUUACUUGGGCCCCCAUCCACCGUGCAUGGGUGGGUGCUGGAUAGGGAAGACAAUCGGGUCCUCCCCCUCCUUUUGUUUCUUAGGGCCCCACCCUCCGCUCAUUGGUGGAGGCCGGGGGAGGUGGGGACUCUAUAAAAACAGAUAGAGGUCGGUUGGAUACAGAACUCUAAUGCAAGCAUUUUGAAGGUCUUAAGACACCAGCUUGUACGAUAUGUGUUUCUACGGCAGAUUCAUACAUGAGAAAAUAAGGGUUUGGCUGCACUCACCUACACAUGCUAAAUUAGGGUGCUGCUGGGGGCCAAUAAGUACAGUAAAAAUGAAAAUCCAGCGCACUCGCUUAUCUACUAAACAGUCAUUUUAAUGCUGAACAAUUUUCAGUUUUAUUGAAAACACCUAAUCUAGGCAAAAAAAUAUAAUGGGGGUUUAGUUACAGUAUGUGAUCAUACAUUGCAUAAGCCUGCCACAACGCCAAUGUACCCCAUCUUUGGCAGGUCCUACUGUCUGCUAAAUGAGCUUCUCACUUGGGGAAAUCCUUCCAUCUCGAGGUCUCUGCAGUACAAUGCUUAAAUAGGAUCCUGAGAUGAGGCACCUGUAACAGGGAGGGUUGCAAAACCCAUGGAGCUGGCUAGACUCCUAAAUAUAUACAUAUAUGAGAAAAUAAGGGUUUGGCUGCACUCACCUACACAUGCUAAAUUAGGGUGCUACUGGGGGCCAAUAAGUACAGUAAAAAUGAAAAUCCAGCGCACUCGCUUAUCUACUAAACAGUCAUUUUCUACGGCAGAUUCAACCAGCCUAUUCUCUACUGAUACUAACACACCUACCACUAGCCUUCAGCAUGCGAAUUGAAGGGCAAACUGGGUUGGCCUAUUGUUUUGUGUAGGAAAGCAUGGGAUUGGCUGAGAUUGUCAUUUCUAAUGAUCUCAACCAUGGGGGCGGAGCCAAAUGCUGCCCUGGCUUAUCUGCAUCUCCUCCUAGAGAUGCAUGGAAUAAAUGCAUCUCUAUGGGGAAUGUUAAGUGUACGCUGAAUGUCCACUGACGAAGGAAGCACCUCUAGUGUGAGUGCCUCUGAAAACGCAGUGUUUACAUGAUAAUGUUUGCAGGUCUGACUAUAUUCACCAGAACAACUACAUUAAGCUGUAGUUGUUAUGGUGACUAUAGAGUACCUUUAAUAAAUUAUGUAUUUGGCAUUCAAUGUUUGCUUUCUUUUGUUUACAGGCCUACAGUACAUCGGUUUCGGCACACCUCAAUCAACUAAUUUUAAUUUAUUAUGUUGUGCUUAUUACUUACAGUUUACGACUUCGAUCUAUCUCCUCCAAUUAUGAAUGAUUAACUUAUUAAACUAAAACUAAACUAAAAUAUGUUCUGAUAAAGCUGUUUUACUAAUUUGACAGGGUGUUAUUCUAAAUAUGAAAUCUUCAUCUGGUUGCAAAUAUUAAAGAUAACUAGCAGCAAGAAUGAGUCUUUACAUUUAAAAAUCAUGAUUUAAAUAGGAUUUUACUGAUUAGUGAUUUUAAUAGACUUGAUUUAAAGGGAUCCUAUUGUGUUUUUCUGGCACUACAGGCUCCUGGAGUGCCCCCCACCCACAGGCCUGAAGGGGUUAAAACCUCUUCAGCCACUUACCUGAAUCAAGUGCCGAUGUCCCUUGGUGCUGGGUCUAGCCCCGCCCAUGCUCCUCCCCCGCCGUCAGCCGGUGGGGGAGACCUAAUGCGCAUGCGCGGCAAUGGCCUCGCGCGUAUUAGACCUCCCCAUAGGAAACUUUAUUCAAUGUUUUCCUAUGGGGAAAAUCUGACACUGGAGGUCUGUGAGGACGUCCAGCGUCCGAUAAAGGACCAAAAGUUAGUUUGGAUUCUGGAAGCCCUCUAGUGUUUUACAUUGCUGCACUAACUGCAAAAGGGUCACAGCACCCAGACAACUUCAAUUAGCUCAAGUGGUCUGGGUGCAUACUCUGUCCCUUUAAAUUAACCCCUCCCCUCUGCAGCAGUCUAUAAAGAAUUCUCCAGAAAACUCAUUGCAGUCAGAUAAUUUUGGACAUCUCAUUUCCACAGUCCAGAGUAUGAAUACAUUUGUUGAAGGAGCAGUAUGGCUCUACAACUAUAUGUCCAUAAACCCUUGCUGUACAGAGAAGUUUUUGAUAAGAACACUAUUCACAGUAGACUAUAUUGGGAGACUUUGUGGUGUUCCUGGUAUGGGAAUAAUCCCUCUGUAAUCCUUACUUCUGCAAAUGCAUUAGAAUAGUUAAUGCAGGAAGCAUUGAACUGUAGAGGAUUAAUGAUCAAAAGGAAUUACCUGUAAAGGGUGCUAAAUGGUAUAAUCCCAAUACCCAAUUUGGAAUACUAAUACACAGUAUAAAAUAGCCCACAACACAAUAAUUAUUAGUGCAAAAAUGGCAAAAUUAGCACUAAUAAUGUGCAUCAUAUGAAUAUAUAAAAUGUCAAUACAUAAUUGCUGUUUAGUGAAUGGGUGAGUAUACUGGAUCUUGUAUGAAUUGGCCCCAGCAUCACCCUUUACAAUGUAUACAUGUUCAGGUGAAUGUAGCCUAAGGAAGUACCUGGCAUUGUGGCAGGCUUAUGCAAUGUGUAUAUACCAACAGCUUUGAAACAUAACUCAGGAAAAGGAGCAAAGCCAGUGAACCACUCAUGGGCAGCUGUUGUUGUUGUUAGUGCAACUCGGCUUGCUAUGGAGACUUGGCGUUACAUACCAAAAGAGUUGUGGUGGGGAAAAAAGUGUGGAUGAAAACCCCUCCCACCUGAAGUAAAUGGAUAGUUAGUACAUUACACUGCCUCCCUUCCAAUACAUACACACACACACACACUGCAUCCCUCACACAUACCAUUGGGUUUUAUUUCUCGCUGACACCGGUCUGCAAAAUAUUUCUCCUCUUUACGCCAGUGCCCAGGUGCUAAAAGGUUGGAGAACACUGCCAUACAAGACUGAAACAUCAACACAUUUUCUGGUGUAUAAUUGCACAUUAAAACAAUAGUUUAAAAAAAAAAAAUUAUUUUAUUGAAUAGUAAAGUUUAGUAGACAUGCCCCUUAUCACGGUACUGGAGUAGGGGCAGAAGGGAAAUUUUAAUCUCCCUUCAUUACUAAUAUUAAGUAAUCUUUACUUAAUAUUAGUAAAUUUGGCUGAAAGACCAAUUUUGGUAUUUCAGCCUUUUAGUAGAUGGCUCCCUAAUACUGUGGGAAUUAGGGACCUAUCUACCCGUGGCACGAAUAGGCUCAGAAUUUCAUUCAUUCUAAUUAAAUUUCGAUCCGAACAAAAAAUACUGAAUUACGUCCGAACAUGAAUGGACAAUGAAGCCGGACGAGAGGUGAGAAUUGUGGACAAAUUGCUUUGAUCACGGAAAAUGGAGCGGACUUAGCUCCUCCCCUGGGUCAAAGCUGGGCAAGCAUAGGAAAAAUACAUAUAAAACAAAAUAAUCCUUACUUUGCCUUAUGUUGUAAAGAAAACUAGAUUAGAUAGGAAGAAAAGAAGAACAGAUCCUGAGAGAGGGAGAGAAGAGGAAGUGAUUGUGGAAAGAUAAGUUUGACAUGACCGUGCCUCUUUCAGCAAGAGCAUGUGUAGAGUAGUAGAUUUCUAGCUGCAGCUCCAUCAUCCUCCAAUGUUAAUCCUGCCCUGCAUACAACCUGUAGUUUGUUCUGUACACUGUUUAAUUUAGAUGUCUUUGUUGUAAAUAUCACACUUUAGUGCUCAGUGCUACCAAACUGUAACUAUUGGCCUUGUUUAUCUAUGACAAAGAUGCAUGAUUAUAAUGUGAAGUGACAUUCUGACAAAUAUAUUUUUUUUAAUACACGUUUUGGCAGGGGUAAAAUGGCAACUCCACAACUAGAUUAACCACAAAUAACCUUGUACUGAUUUUGCUAUACACCGGUUACUUUUAUAAGGGAUUUAAGUAGUUGGUCACUUCGCUGGCGAUUAGCUCUGGGCAUACUGAUGCUGUCAGUGUGCACCCCUUGCAUGAUCAUCUGUAUCUGAGUGAAUACAUAGCAGCUGUAAAGUGCUUGGGCAGCAUUUUACCUUUCUUUUCUAUUAGCAAAAAUAAAGGAAAAAGUUAAAAAUACUAGUUUUUGUGACACUUUAUCCCUCAACAUCCCCAAAAGACAAAAACAUGUGUUAUUUAUACACACCUAUGAGUCCUGGAAACGAAGAAAAUUCACACUGGAACUGAAACAUUAGUAUGCAUUUUUUUUUUUUUUUAUCACAACUACCUUACCAAAUGAAUACAUUUUUGCAGUUGCAAAUAACUAGCGGUUUCCUCUAGCUGCGAUUCAACACUCAUUAAAGCUGCUAACAAGUUUUUGCUUAUUACAUGCUCAAUUUUAAAGUUACAUUUACCGGUGCAGACAUCCGUUUAGUAUACAUUUCAAUAAUUACAGAGUCACACAUUUAUACAUUAUGAAUCCAGUCACACUCGCCACAAAGACUGCACAUUCCUACAGCUAAGACAUGAAGCAGAAAAAAAGAUUGAUAAUUGUAAAAGAAAAAAUAUGCAAAUGACCGUAUAACAAAGAAAGCCAUUGAUAUCAAUUCUGCUACUAUCCUGACAUAGUGUUUAAGAAUAUAAAAAAAAGUAUUUAAUCUCCCUGUGACAUCAGCACUCUAAUUAAUUAUAGUUAUAUUAAUCAUGUACCGCUAUGAAUAAUUGAAUCACCUUUUGAAUUUUCCCCUCAGUUGAAAAAUUAUAAAAUCCAUAACAUUACUUCAGUUUGCAAGAUCUCAACUAUAUAUUAUAUAUAUUAUAUAUAUAUAUAUAUAUAUAUAUAUAUAUAUAUAUAUACACACGUUCUUUUGUUGUUGUUGUUGUUGUUGUUGUUGUUGUUUUUAUUUUAUUAAAUUUUUUCUUGUUACCCAAUUUCCAUAAAAAGAACAAUAUAACAUUAAAGCGGAUAUGUCACUUUUCAGUAUUACAUAAAGAUACUGCGUUGGAAUUUCACUUAAAUUAAAUAAAAAUCCCAAAUUAUCAUAAGAUUAAGUAAGGACUACUUUGUCUUAUGGUUAAGCCUGAGGUUGGAAAAGGAAGAGCUCCUCUGUAAACUUUUGUCCAAUCCCAGUAGCCAUCACAAGUGACAUCUGUGGAAUUCAGGCAUUGUGUAUGGAGGGUCUUGUGGGUUACUCCAUAGACCUCAGUGCUGUACUCUUGCAGGAGCUGAAGAGGACCUGGAGCUUUAACAUAGUGCCAUCUGUGAGGGACAGCUGGAUGUAAGUAAAACUUGCCAUCUAUGCACUACUCUGCCUCCAGGUCCGCUCUGAAUCGGUCCGUUUUGGAGAUCUUUGCCACUCUGCAGGAACAUAGUUUUCAAUGUUUUCAGCUAAAGGAUUAAAAGGGGUGGGGUGGGGUGGAGGGUGUUUGUUUUGGCAAGUAUAAUAAUUUGGUUCAGGCUUUUUGCAGUAAAUACUGUCUUUUCAGAGAAAAUGCAUUGUUUACAUUACCGCCUAGUGAUCCCUCCUGUGGCCACACCUCAGAUGACUGCUAGAGGUGCUUCCUGGGGCAGUGCUGCACCCAGUGCAGCACUGAUAUUCAGUGUCUCCACACUCUUCAUGGAGACACUGAACUUUCCUCAUAGAGAUGCAUCGAUUCAAUGCAGCCCGAUGAGGAGAUGCUGAUUGGCCGGUGCUGUGUUUGGCUUGUGCUGGCCUUUUAUGGGGAAACGCUUUAUGGGGAAAAUACUUUUUUUUGUCUGAAGGGAACCACCUAGUCGCCGACCGGUCAGAACUUUAGCCGAAUGGCAAUUUCAUUACACCUAACGAAUCUGAGCGCUAUUUGGACAACUUGGUUGCUCAGAUCCGGGCUAUUCAGAGAUAUGACUUGUGGGGUUCCUGUAUAGUUUGAAUGUAGUUUUGGUGUAUUUUGUACAUUUUAUGUAUGGUUCCCUGUAACUGAGAGAUAAUUCCUCAUUUCUAUCCUCCCUUAUACUUAUAAGCAUGUCCCGUCUACGAUCUGCUGAAGACGUACGUCUAUCUUCUGUCCGUACUCCCAACUCUGAUGCUCGCCUUCAAGAUUUCUCGAGGGCUGCACCGUUCCUGUGGAACUCGCUUCCCUCCUCUGUUAGAUGCUCACCCAGGCUCCACUCCACAAAAAAUCUUUAAAAACCCACUUCUUCAUAAAAGCUUAUCCAUUAAACUGUUAAUAGCUCCUGACUGAUAACUCUUCUGCAACUGUCAUUAGUCUAAUACUAUCCUUAUCUUUUUGUGUCAUUUUACCCCACUCCCUCUAGCAUGUAAGCUCAUUGAGCAGGGCCCUCAACCCCUCUCUUCCUGUGUGUCUAACUGGUUACAACUACAUGUCUGUUCGUCCACCCAUUGUAAAGCGCUGCGGAAUUUGACGGCGCUCUAUAAAUAUAAUAAUAAUAAUAAUUGAGUUACCUGUCUUUGACUCCAUUAUCUCCCAGACACAGGGAUGCCUGGUUGGGGUUUGUGUUGUGUUGUAUGGAGACCCCAUGUUGGGGGGGGGGGCUGUGCUUAAAAAGCAGAGUGUGGCAUAACAUUGAGAAAUGCUUUCCUAUGGGCGGUUUGAAUGCACGCACGGCUCUUGCCGCGCAAUCAUAUUCGGCGCUGACGUUGGCAGGAGGAGGAGAGUUCCCUAGCGCCGAGGGAGCCAGGUGCUGGUGAAAGGUAAGUGUUUUAACCCCUUCAGUCCAGUGGGAGUGAGACCCUGAGGGUGGGGGGGAAUGGCCUAAAGACCCUAUAGUGCCAGGAAAACUAGUUUGUUUUCCUGGCACUAUAGUGGUCCUUUAAUAUCCUCCUCUCAUUCUCUAUAUGCUGGAGGCUACCUGCAAGUGAGGGACACUCAGGGCUGAUCAAUAGGUAGGUUUUGUGUGUAUUUGUAUGUAUGGUUUUAUCUCUGUCAAAAUGUCCACUGGCCUGAAAAUAUAGCCCUGGCAAGUAUACCCAUGGUGAGUGUGCCAUACACCCUCCAUGUUUGCACUGGCAAGUAAUAUUAAGGCCUUGGUAUUAGCGUAUGUCUUGAGAUAUUAAGUUCUGUAUAUGUAUGUAUAUAUACACCAACCUCUCUCCUAAUACAUUUUGCAAAAAAGCCCUAUAUAAACUAACUUUUGAGUUGUGCUGAAAUAAAAAAAAACACAUUCUAAACCUAACAUUUCCCACCCAGACAUGUUUGUGCUUGUUGAAAAUAAAAAAAUCUGAUUUACAUUCUUAACAAAUUAAAUAAUUGCAAGAAAAUAGAUAGCAUAUGUUAUCUGAAAGGUUAUCUAAUUUUUUUGUUUUUAAAUUGCAUUUAUUUAUUUUUUGUGACCCAAUCUACUUGUAUAGAGAAAUUACAGAAUAAUUAUGUUAAUAUGCAAUUAUCACCUCAUUUCUUCUGUAGUAACCUCAUGAUAGAGUGUACCAUGGGUGUUAUAACAAGUGCUGAUAGUUUGCAAAAAUACUGAUGUUAAAAAUUUGUAGAUGUUAACUUAAAUGCCUCAAGCUAUUCUUAUCUGUCAUUUUGAUGAAAGCUUUGACCUUUGUUGCUUUCUUUUUAAAUGCUUAGUUUGUCAGCUUUUCUUGUGAAUUAAACUACCAUAUGCAAUGUUGUGUUGUAAAUUAUCAUACUUUUGAUUGCCCCAUUUCGUAAAGUGGCAGUAUUGUAGCACAAAUUGACCAGACACUUACCAUGUAAAAGUUUACUGGGAAAAAAAUAAUAAUGUAAAUUAUAGUAAGUAAUAAGAAUAGUUUUUUGAAUAUAAAUUGAAAGUGUUAGCCUGAUGGUUUUUAAAAGCUAGAGGCACUGUGAAAUCUGUAAUUUAAAUACAUAUUUUGGAAUACAAAAGUGUUUUUAGUGUAUGUCUAUACGUGCACACAUACACUUUAAAUUUCACCUGUGAUGUAAAUUCGCACACAAUACAUUCAUAAUUCAGUUCCGAUUACUUUGCGUUUGCUUAUUAUGUUUAACAACUUUAAAAGUCUAUCAUUGUGUGUAUUUUUGUGACGUGAACAAUUAAUUAUAUAUAUAGUUAGUGAUAAGUCUGUUAGAAGUGGAUUUUUAAAGCCAAAGUUAUAGUUCAGUACCCUGCUGUUCAGGGGCAACAGUGAACUUGUUUUAAAUGGUAAGCGUCUGUUCUUUCUUUCAACCCCUAACACUAGAACAGAUGGAUGAAGCAUGUAAGGUUUUACCUCUGAGGUGGUAACAGUGAAGCCACUCAUUAACACUGAAUUUACCACUUCGUUAGCAACAUUGCUUCCUGUUGAGAAACGCUAAUAUGUAAUCUCAAAUGAAGUCAGCAUACGUUUGUCUACCUCUGGUUUAUAAUAAGUUGUGACAUAGAAUAUGUAAUCCAUUUACUGAAAGAUACAUGUUCAGUAAAAAAAUUUUUUAUAAGACCGGCACAGCGGUUUGCUUAUGCAUAUAUGCGUUUUUGUGUUUUGUCUAUGUGUGUGUGUGUGUGUGUGUGUGUGUGUGUGUGUGUGUGUAUAUGUAUGUGUGUGUAUAUAUAUAUAUAUAUAUAUAUAUAUAUUUAUCAGAUUCACAACCUUAAUAAAUGUUUUUUACAAAUAUUUUGUUUUUUCUUCUUUUUAAACUUUGAAUGAACCAUACUGGGUGCUACUUGACACCAUUUCGGGUGCUAUAAUGGACUAUGUGAUCUUUAGAUUUACUGUCACUGGAUUCAUGUAGCUGAAACAUGCAAGCAGGCAUACAACAUUUUAUGGAUGUCUUUGUGUAGUUUGCACAAUUAAUUAGGAUUAUAUGUGUACAUCAGACUGUUUUAUUUCUUAAGUAAAUUGAAUUUUUUUUUAAUUACUUGUAAAUAGACUUAAACAGAAUUUAUUUUAAAAAAAUAAAAUGUGUGUAUGUAUGUAUGUGUGUGUAUGUGUGUGUAUGUGUAUAUAUAUAUAUAUAUAUAUAUAUAUAUAUAUAUAUAUAUAUAUAUAUAUAUAUAUAUAUAUAUAUACACACACACACACUCUUUAUGGAAUAUUUGGUGUUAAGUCUUUCAUAACUAAGCCACGAUAAAAGAGAAAGGAAUUAGUUACUUAUCUAAUUGUUCUCUAGAAUUUAGAAGUUAUCUAGAACAAUCUAUUGUGUAAUAAACCUACCUAAACUUUUUGAAAAAAGAUCUUGAAAAUUUGACUUGUGCUCUCAUCUUUCUGUCCUGCAAUUUUGUUUUUUUCUCACUAUUUCUAUGCCAGUCUCUUUCCCCUUAUAUUUUAACCUGUGCAAGCAUUUCCCAUUGCUAAAGGUUGCACAUGUGGAUUCUGUGUGUCAGUGUAAAGCUUAAGUUUGUUGUGCAUCUCUCUGCCACCCCACGACUUCUGCUUACCUUUCAUGGAUUGGGUAAGAUCCCCAGUGAUCUGGUGGGGAUGCUUGCCGUUUAUUCUUGCCAAGUGAUGUAACCCCUGGUGAUCCAGAGCAUGGGGUCUGUAACUCUUGGUAGUGGAGAUCCUUUCAGGGUUGUUUACUAAAGUAAGAAAUCAAAGUGAAUUUCAAAUUAAAAGUGAAAAUAUCUUUGUGGGAAAAAUACAGUGAGCUAUGUUUCCAGUUAAAUUCUUAGUUUAGUGAAUAACCCUACAUAAGUACUUUCUCCAGUACUCUGUAAAUGAGGCAGCAUUGCUCUCUGAUUCUAGUCUAGCACUUAUUACUGAAAGGAGUGGACUGGUCUGCACCGACCAAAUGUCGACAAAGUGGAGCUAAAAUGGAACUUGGAAAAAAAAAAAUAAUAAUAAAAAGUAUGAGGUAUAUUAUUAUAUAUAAUAUGUAUAUAAAAGUAAAAGCAAUGUUAUGCAUUAUGUUGUUGGGAUGUAAGUUAACAAUUUUUUUAUUUUUUAUUAUUCAUUCGGCAUUAUAACAUAAAUUGUUAGAGCUCUGUUUAAUAUAUUUCAGGAAUUGUUCUUUUUCUUUUUGUUUUAGAAUACAUUUGUUUAAUGGGAAAAAUAACAAUAUGGCGGAUACCCUUCUGAAUGCUGAAAGUACUGGUGCUAAAGAAUGUCUCAAAGAUGAAACCAUUUUGAAAUCUGUUAAGGAAAACGAUAUUGUGUUUAAAAAAAUACAAGAAUCCCAAACCUCUUUUCACAAAAAUAGUUCAUUGACUGUAUCUGAAGAUUUAUCAAGGGACAAGUCUGUAAAAGCCUUAAGCAGAGUGCAGCACUCUCCAUUUGUACACACGGGUGCUCAUACAGCACCUAAUGAAAACAUUACCUUACCUAAUGGACCGGCUUCACACUCUGUAACUAAGACUUCCAGCCUGAACCCAGACCAUACUUCUAUAAACAAUGACCAGACCAUGAGUCAACAGAAAGAUUUAUGUUCAACUUUGAAUGUGGCAUAUGAUCUUCAACAGUCCACAAAGAACACUGCACAAAUGUCGAGUCAGCAAGUUUUAUUUUUGUUACCUGAUGUAGCACAUGCCAAGAAAGAAACCCAUUCCAUUCUUAAACAUCCUACCUCCUCCCAUGUUGGCUUAGACACACCUAAUGGAAAUAAUUUCCAAACGGAUAGCACUUUAGAAGGGCCAACAGAUUUCUGUGAAGAUAGGAAAAAACUAACUGUAAACGAUUUAUAUAACCAGACUCAAAGUUGUGAUACAGAUGAUUAUAUAACAGGAAAGGAUGCUAACUUGAAUACACAGAAAAACUGUGUAAAUGAGGAAAAAGCUAUAGAUGGGCCUGACAAGAACUUUGUGGUAAAGGUUGAAAAAAAGAGAAAAAGAAAGAUGGAUGGCAGUAAAAUAACUCGCUGCUAUUCUGAAGAUGCAUAUAGUGAUGUAAAUUAUAUUUCAAAGAAAUCAAAGUUAUUAAAUAUAGGUUUGAUGGAAGAGAGUGAUGAAGAACAAAUGAUGGCGCCACACAAGUUUGUACUGAAGAAUGUCAAGUCUGAAUCUUCUCUUGAUGACUCAGAAGAGCACCUUCCAAAAGAAGCGAUUGAAGCUAUCAAACAUUAUAUGUAUAAUCCAGUGUGUGACUUUUCUGAUGAGACAUCACCAGUUCAUGUUAACUCAUUAUUUUCUAAUGAUGUCCAAAAUAAUUGUGAUUCUCCGUCACCACCAACCUGCACUAAUGAUCAAGAGCCAUCAUUUUAUCCUUGCACAAAGUGCAAUGUUAAUUUUAGGGAGAAGAAACAUCUUCAUAGGCACAUGAUGUAUCAUUUGGAUGGGAAUAAUCACUUUCGCCACCUUAAUGUUCCAAGACCGUAUGCUUGUAAGGAGUGUGGGAGAACAUUUAGAGACCGCAAUUCACUUCUUAAACAUAUGAUUAUUCAUCAGGAGCGAAGGCAGAAACUGAUGGAGGAGAUUCGUGAAUUGAAAGAGCUUCAAGAUGAGGGGCGAAGUGCACGUCUGCAAUGUCCACAAUGUGUUUUUGGAACUAACUGUCCAAAGACAUUUGUGCAGCAUGCCAAAACCCACGAGAAAGAUAAAAGAUACUACUGCUGUGAAGAAUGCAACUUUAUGGCGGUUACUGAAAAUGAAUUGGAGUGCCACAGAGGUAUUGCCCAUGGUGCAGUGGUAAAAUGUUCAGUGCUGACUUCAGAUCUACCCCAAAGGAAAGUUCAGAAAAAGACUGCAUUGAAAAAUUCUUACUUACUUUCAACUAAAAAGACUGCAACCUAUAUUUGUAAGAUGUGUCCUUUUACUACAUCUGCCCGUAAUGUUUUAAGGAAGCACAUUGAUUAUGUACAUCCAUCAUCUUCCAUGGAUCAGUUUAAUGGUCCUGUUUUAGUUAAAAGGGAGAACUUUUCUGAUCAUGAACUUUUAGAUAGUGAUAGUGAAACAAAACAUUUCACAAAACAGUCCUCGUCAUUUCCAAAGAAUUCUGUCUUAAAGCAAGAUAUAAAAAGACAAUAUGGAGCUAUGACUCAAAAUAACUUUGCAAAGUUUCAUAGAAAACACAAGAUACAAAAAGCAAGGAAAAGUGCUGCUCAGUCGGUUGUCUGUGGACCUCCAAUUUCCCCAAACAAAGCCCUUCUCUUCACUAGCAAUGACCAAAAACAUCGAUAUUUUCAGCAAAUGACAAAACAAAAACAUGCUCGGGUCAGUCAUGCCUACCGAUAUGGACAGAAAUGGGAUGGCUUUAAGACACUCAAGAAGUCCAAUGAUGUAUACCCUCUAAAUUUAAAAAAAGAAAGUGAUAAUCCUGCCAACACUUUGCAUGUCCUUUCAGCAGAGCACAAUAUCCAAAACGAUCGCCUGAAUAUAGGUCCGCAGAAUCUCCAUCCAAGGAGACAUGUUGGUUUUAAAGAUCACAGAAGGGUAGGUGUUAAAAGGGUGCUAAAAUCUGAGCUUGAACGUCCUGUCACAGAGGAAGACUUGGACUGUUAUCCCGAUUUUCUUGAAAAAAUGACUUAUGCUGUUCUUAAAAAACUUGACUCCACUGAAAAAAAGGAGGACUAUGAUUCAUGGGAAAAUGGUGAGCUUUGUGAUUAUAAUUCGGAAUCACCAGAUGACACCUACGGUAAUCCAGCAAAGCAACCAGCUUACCCAAUUUUUAAAGACAAGGCAAAAGACCACCAAAACGGUGAUAACUCCAGCUUACAUUAUAAUAACAAUGAUGGUUUUUAUUUUGAGUAUUACGAAGAUGAUGAUGAUAGGUUUUUGCACGAUCCAGGUGCUACUCCUAUGGAAAAUGCUGAUUCUGGAUUGCCAAGCCACAAUUCUAUAUUCCACUGGAGUGAUCUGUCUCUUGAAAAGAAGAAUUGCCCUUACUGCCCUGCUACCUUUGAGACUGGUGUUGGAUUAUCUAAUCAUGUUCGCGGACAUCUUCAUAGAGCAGGGUUAACUUAUGAAGCACGUCAUGUGGUGUCACCAGAACAAAUUGCAACAAGUGAUAAAAUGCAGCAUUUCAGCAAGAGAACUGGCACUCCAACAAAGCGAGUGAGAAAAGGUACGGUUCACUUUUCUUCUUUUAUUUUUUUUAUUUUAUCGUUUGCUUGAUCUGUAAAUUUAGUUAGCCAGCAAAGUCUAAACUGUGCAAUACAGUAAUUAUGUGUGAAUUGCUAGUAGGUUCAGUAAUGUCACUUUUUUUUUUUUUUCCUCCCACCUCAUUAAGUAUUUAUGUGUUUUGUUGGGGACUAUAUUUAUGAUUUUGUUGGAUUUUUGUUUUAGCCUAAAAUUUCAAAUUCCCUGGCAAUUUUUUGUUUUCUGAUAGAAUUUAAUAGAACAUUAUAGGGUCAGGAAUACAAACCUGUAUUCCUGACCAUUUAGUGUUAAAAACCGUACUUGUCCCCCCCCCACCCCACCCUGAAUAUAGUAAAAACUUACCUUUUAUUGCACUCUUCCCCUGAUCUACUUCCUUGGCUAAUAUCAGAAGUGGUGAUCUCCACCAACCACAACGCUUUCCCAUAGAAAGACCGCAUAUUUGCACUAAACACGUUCAUUAUAGACCAUUGCCUAAAGUAUUAUUAAUAUGACUGGUUCUUUCAAUGUGCACAUUUUUCUUAUUGGGUAGUUCCCUUUAUUUAGAUAAAAAGAUUAAUAUAGCAAUGUUUGUGACUCAUUUCAAUAAUCCAAGUGAUGUACCGGUCAGUACCUUCAUUUUAACUUGCUUUUGAUGCACAGAAUUGCCAUUCUUGUCAUCAAAACUGUAAAUGGAGUGACAUACUUUGUUAUACCGUAGAAAACCUGCAAAUAUCCAAAAGUCCUAAGCUAUUUUUUAAAAUAAAUUUUUACACUUAAAAGGGAUAGUCUCUAGAGUAAUGCAGCAGUUUUGGUGUGUAGAUAAUUUCCCUGCAGUCAAAACUCAUUCCAUUCCAGGAUUAAAAGCUCCAAUAAGUAGAGUCUCAUUCUGCUCUAUGGUUCUGAUGUAUAGGAUCGAUAAAUUAUCAAAAAGCAGAUCAGGUCACCACAUAGGAUGAAUGGAAUUGCUAAAACUGAUAGCCCUAAUGCAGCUGCUUUCAGUUUAUACUCAUGUAAACUGUGGAAUUGCAGCAGCAUUUUAUUUAAAUUUUUUUAUGAUGCAAAUUAUCACUGCAUCCCACUCUUGUUGAUUGGGUGAAGUUGCUCUUGGCAGCAUUUACUUGCAAUAAUGCAUAUUGCUUUUGGUGCUUAGAAUUACCCUUUUCAGGUUAAAGGAACACUAUAGUGUUGGGAAUACAUACAUGUAUUCCUAACAAUGUAAUGUUUGACUGCCUGUUUAAGUGGCCGGCCCCCCUCAGAAUGGAGUUAAAAGGUUUUAAAUUUACCUUUCUACAUUACCAAGUUGGUCACGCCACGGCUGUCCACACCACCAUGGCUGAGAUCACCAAUCUUACUGAUCUUAGCCAAUCCAAUGCUUUUCCAUAAAAAGAAUCAGCAGGCUAUUGCGCAUACAUGGAAACGCAUCAAUUUACAUCUUUAUCGGGAGCGUUCUCAGAACAUGGAGACACCGAACGCCAGUGCGGCACAUCCUGCAGUACUGAAAUAGGAAUCCCUUCUAGUAGCCGUCUGAGUGACGGCAGCUAAAGGUGUUACUAGGCAGCCAUGUAAACCAUGCCCUUUUUUUUGAAAAGGCAGCGUUUCCAUUGCACAGCCUGCAUGGGACAUGAUACAGACACCAGAACAAGUACAUUAAUCUGUAGUGGUUCUGGAAACAAUAGUGUCUAUUUAAAAGCCUUGCUCUUGCCAAGUAGGAAAAUGUAAACUGCAUUCCAUGCAGAAUUGUGUGUUCGUGCGGCUCUUACAUACAUUUUUCUAUUUCAAAGCCCUUAGACUGGAGAGAAACAGUAGCAUUUCAUUGAUAUAUAAAGUUCUCCUGGAUGUAAAAUAAUAAGCAUGAUAGAUAAUUUUAUGUAGAGGUUUCUUUAUUGUACUUUGGGAAUGUAUUUAAUAUCGUCUUUUGUUUGUUUUUUCUGUGUUUCUUUCGUACUAUUCAACUAGUGGUAGAGAAAUCUGAAAGUCCUUCUGAACACACCUGCACACUCUGUGGAGGCUGGUUUGAUACCAAAAUUGGAUUAUCAAAUCAUGUUCGAGGUCACCUGAAAAGACUUGGCAAAACCAAGUGGGAUGCACACAAGUCACCGAUCUGUGUUCUCAAUGAAAUGCUGCAAAACGAAGAGAAAUAUGAACAAAUCCUCAAAGUACUGAGUGGCAGACGUACUGUUCACAGGCCAUUUGCAGCUCAGAAAUCUUCCAGUUUGGACUCUGCAAAAAACAAUUCUUUACCUCUAGACGGACACCAUAAUGGCCUAAAUUCAGAAAAUUCAGUAUCUGAUCAAGCAUCGCAGGAAAGACUGCGUUUACCAAACGAUUAUGAUGGCAGAAUUGUUCAGUCUGAAAAGGACCAGCCUGUCUCAUUAAUUGAACUUCUAAAAAUGAAAAGAUCUGGUGAUGAGAAGAAUAUGGAGACUUCCCCUCAAAAGGUCAAUCAGACUGCAAGAAAGCGGUUUAUGCAGAAAUGCCUUCUUCCAUUAAAUGAAGACUGUUCACUGGCAUGCAAUCCACAUAAAAACUUUGACUUUGCUUUGCAGUCAGGUAAGCUCGUAAUUAUACUUUCACAUUUGGUUUUUCAGUAUUUAUUAUGUUCGGUUUGCAUUGUGCAUGAAUAACCAAGUAUAAAUAGCAUUUAUAUAUGUUUUACAUUGAAAUCAUGAUCAUCCAGAAUUGUGUCUCCUUUAGAUGCACUGGUAGAAAAUCUGUUGUUUGAAACUAGCAACACGAUGCAAGCAUUUGAAUUUUUUUUUAUAGUGUAGUAUAUAUUUCUCCCACUUGCUUGCAAGACUGUAGUUUGUUGAUCAUUUGCUUAGCACAAAGAUUUUUGCAAGAAACUUCAAAUCAUUAACUUUCAUUAUUGGUUGCGCAUCCAGAGUAAUGAACAUAAAAGGCACUGAAUAAAAUGUUUUGUCUCACAGCUGUUUGCUGGUGUGUUUUUACCACCUUUUCUCCCAGCCUUCAUCAGCAACCUAAUUUAGUACGAAGCCUUUUACAGUCUUGUGGGUAAAACACUUUAAUUACCACUUUGUCAACCAGACCUUUAAUUCUGUUCAUGAGCAGGGAAAGCUCUGAGAGUCUACUAAACUACUUUUAUAGUAUAUCAUUCUUGGUUAUAUUUGUGUAACUGUAGUUAACAUUAAAGGCAAUAAAGGGUUGUUUCCCUGUAUAAAAUAGCAUUCUGAAACUUGUACAGAUUUAUUUAUGUACAUGUGUAGUCUACAUAACGCAAGAGGUGUAAAACAGCCCAUGUAGAAGGAAUCACUCCAAUUUCAAAAUCCGCGUAUAAUCUUCAAAGAUGAUGGGGAUGAUUUUUUAUGUUUAGUUAGUUAUACGUUUGUAUAGUAAUCAGUGUAAUCUUGUAAUAAAGUUGUGGAUUUGAUAUUUGUGUUUACUUAAGCACAUUGUAUUAAAUUGAAUCUAUUAUGUAAAUUAUAUAGAAGCACAUAUUCUUCUUUUUUUGUUUCUAUGAUGAGUUCCCUUGAUAUAGACAUGUCCGCCUCUGUUUUGUAAUACUGAAGUUUUCGCAUGUUCCGAAGUUUGGAUUUAGGUGAUGCGUAAUGUGUGUGUUUAGGAGAGAACUGGAUUUUAGAUUUCUUUUGACUGUUAGGUAUAUCUGCGAAGCAUAGGACCUGUGAAAAUUGCAAUACAACGUUUUCAAGUUCUGUUAGCCUGUCUAACCAUAUGCGAGCUUAUUCACGGAAGAGGAGUGCUGGACUUUUGACUGGAUCAGGUAUGUCUUUUAAAAGCAAGACAUUAUGCCAUUAUUCCCCAGGUACAGCACUCAAAUUUCAUACAUAAAACUUGAAGCAGUGAUAAAGUUUGGGAAUUUAUUAUAAUAUAUAUACAUUACAUUAAAGGAACACUUCAGGCACCAUAAGCACUACAGCUUGCAACUAAUGAUGUCCACCAAUGAGCUAAACCCUGCAAUUCAGAGCUUAGCUCAGGAGAGCUAACAAAAGCUCCUGCUUAGGAGCAUACGUCUUCUUAGCAUUAGUAUGGGUGGCGGGGAGCAAUGACUGGCUGACCUCUGGAAAGAAAUCGAACAGUUCAAAAACAUUUUCACUCCUUACAGUGUAGUGCACCAGGCCCCAGUGAGCUACUUUGGUUAUGUUGCUUGGAGUGUUCCUCUAAAUAUCCACACAUGAGGCUUGACAUCUCACCAAGGAGCUGUGGCUGCUCUAAAUGUUUCUUCUGGUGGCUCUUCUUUUGAAUAUUCUGUGCAAAGGUUUAUAGACUUUACUGCUAGACCUGCAAAAAAUCUAGAUGUUAGAUCAACUAAAACAUUUUCUUUUUGUAAUUUCCCCCCAAAAAAUACUAGUUACUUAACAUCUAAUAUUCUCAAAAAUACCAAUUAUUUUGUUACUUCAUGCUAUAUCACUGCUGUAACUUCUUGUUUUUUCCCCUUUUCCUAAAUAUAUCAACUUGUAUACAAGUUGACAGGCAAAAGCACACGCGUGUGCUGAACCUGAACCUUAGGAAUGUGCUUUUCUACCAUUACCUUUCCCAUCUGCUAUGGUGCUCUCAUUGCUUUGAGCAGAACUGAGCUAUUGUGUAGAUAUUCUAGUCAACUUUAUUCUGAAUUCAGGAGCUAUUUAAAAUUCUGGACAAAACUGCUGUCACAAAGGCCUUUAUUGUGACUGGACAAAAUAAAGCUUCUUUUAAAAGUACACUAGUUCUUACUUGCACAGCAGAAAACUUAGCUGUACACAAUUUAUUAAAAAAAUAUUUUAAACCUAUGCAUGAAAAGCCAGGAAGCGCCGCCUCUAUAACUUCAAGCAGUCUUAACCUUGCAAUGCAAUCAUUACAGUUUUACAUUUCAGUGUUAAGGGGACAAGGACACUGCACCCAGACCACUUUAAUCAGAUGAAGUAGUUUGGGUGCCUAGUGUCCCUUUAUAGAUAUUCUUAUAUAUGUAUUUGCAUUUAAAAUGUAAUUGAUUUCAUAAAUUGUUUGAUAUUUCGGUAAGUAAGCAAACUGAUUCUGUAACUUUGUAUACUAGUAUUAGAUUGCAAGCAAAAGAAAUCAAGAUCAAGAUCUGGAAGUAAGAAGAAGAUACUGCCGCUGCCUCACAGUGCUGAUGAAGUCUACAUUUUGAGAUGCAGGUACCAUAAUUAAGACAUUUAAUGCAUUAGAAUCCUAUCAGAGAGUACCUUCUCAUAUGGGUGAUUUUCAGUCAGUCUUACCAUUUUCUGUAUUUCUUGAAUAAUUCAUGAGCUUUGGGUUACUUCAAGGCUACCCUCCUCAAUGUAUUAGUACCAAAUCUCUGUCUUUGUGAUCAUUACCUUAAAGCAGCAUUGUCACAAGCAGAAACCUGUUUUUUUUUUUUCCAAGUCUGUUAAUUUAUGGUAACACUUAAAAUGGUGUCACUCUGCAGAUUUUGCUUAUAUUUAUUUAUAAUUCACAGUUUUUUUUAGUUCUACAAGUUUACUUUAGCUAAAUAUUUAAUUCUAAUAUUUACCUAAAAUAUAGGGGUUAGCACGGAGAGAUCUACAACAAGGAUUGAUUGACACGUGGGAGUAUAACUUUUUUUGUUUUAAAGAGCAUUAAAGUUAAAAUCUUGCAUAAGAUUUAGAUUAAUUUUAAUCCUCUCUAAUAUUAGUCCUUGUUGUGUGUGCCAUGGCAGUUACACUUUAAUACCUUCUCUGUUUACACCAGCAGCUACACACCAUUACUUAUUGCAUGCUUUCCCUCCCUCUUCCUUUCUAAAAUUAGAAUAUGUGUAAAGGAGUCAUUAUCAGACUGGAACAAUUUAAAUGGAGUACAAGAGAAAUGGAAUUAUUUAAAAGUUGCACUACCGAAGGCAACAGAAAAUUGCAUUAGGCUUGUCGGUAAAAGCAAAAAAAAUUAAGAAACCACUGUGGUACUCUGCAGAAUAGUAAAAAAAAAAAUACCCAAAAAGUUAGCAUUUAGCAAUUAUAAAAAAAAAAAAAAAGAGUGAGGAAGAUAGAUCUAUAAGAUUAGGCAGAAAGAGGCUAAGCACGUUAUAAGAACUUCCAAAUCACACACAGAAGAAAAAAUAGCACUGUCAGGAAAAAAAGGGGACAAAACAUUUUUUAGAUACGUAAAUGAGAAAAGGAAAGUAAAACAAGGAUUAGUUAGAUUAAAAACAAAAGAAGGAAGGUAUGUAGAAGAGGAUAAAGGUCUAGCUGACUGCCUCAAUUAAUAUUUUUGUUCAGUAUUUACAGAUGAAAAUGAAGGAAAGGGACCUCAAUUAGGUAAAAAGGACAAAUGAGUCAUUUAUUACACGUGAGUUUACAGAGGAAGAGGUUUUAUUUCAACUGUCAAAAGUAAAGACAAAUAAGUCAAUGGGACCUGAUGGAAUACACCCAAAGUUAUUAAAAGAGCUUAGUGGUGUACUAGCAAAACCAUUAACAGAUUUAUUUAACCAAUCAUUGUUAACAGGAGUAAUCCCAGAAGAUUGGAAGUUAGUGAAUGUUGUGCCCAUUCACAAGAAAGGUAAUAGUGAGGAGUCAGGCAACUAUAGGCCAGUAAGCCUUCAAUAGUGGGAAAAGUAAUGGAAACCAUGUUAAAGGAUAGGAUUGUUGAACAUCUAAAAUCACAUGGAUUUCAAGAUCAGAGACAACAUGGGUUUACUUCAGGGAGAUCAUGCCAAACUAAUCUUUUGAUUGUAUUGAUUUUUUUGAUUGGGUAACUAAAAUAAUAGAUCAGGGUGGUGCAGUAGAUAUUGCUUACCUAGAUUUCUAUAAGGCUUUUGACACUCUUGCACAUAGAAGGCUUAUCAAUAAACUGCAAUCUUUAAGUUUGGAUUCCAAUAUUGUACAAUGGGUAACGCAGUGCCUGAGUGACUGGCAGCAGAGGGUUGUAUUUGAAGCAUGGGCUUGUCACCAGUGGGAUACCGCAGUGAACUGUACUUGGACCCAUUCUCUUUAAUAUUUUUAUUAGUAUUAUUGCAGGUCUUGAUGGUAAGGUAUGUCUUUCUGCGGAUGAUACUUAGAUUUGCAACAGUGUUGAUGUUCCAGGAGGGAUAAGCCAAAUGGCAAAUGAUUUAGGCAAACUAGAAAAAUGGUCAGAGCUGAAGCAGCUGACAUUUAAUGUGAAUAAGUGCAAGAUAAUGCAUCUUGGGCGUAAAAACAGAGUAUAGAAUAUUUGAUAGAGUCCUAACCUCAACAUCUGAGGAAAUGGAUUUGGGGGUAAUUAUUUCAGAUGACUUGAAGGUAAGCAGACAAUGUAACCGAGCAGCAGGAAAAGCUAGACGAAUGAUUGGUUGUAUAGGGAGAGGUAUUCGCAGUAGAAAGAAAGUGCUCAUGCCAUUAUACAGAACAUUGGUGGGACCUCACUUGGAGUAUUGUACGCAGUACUGGAGACAGUAUCUCCAGAAGGAUAUUGAUACAUUAGAUAGAGUUCAGAGAAGGGCUACCAAACUGGUUCAUGGAUUGUAGGAUAAAAUUUACCAGGAAAGGUUAAAGGAACUUAACAUGUAUAGCUUGGAGGAAAGACGAGACAGGGGGAUAUGGUAGAAACAUUUAAAUACAUAAAGGGAAUCAACACAGUAAAGGAGGAGACUAUAUUUAAAAGAAGAAAAACUACCACAACAAGAGGGCAUAGUCUUAAAUUAGAGGGGCAAAGGUUUAAAAAUAUUAGGAAGUAUUACCUUACUGAGAGAGUAGUGGAUGCAUGGAAUAGCCUUCUAGCUGAAGUGGUAGAGGCUAACACAGUAAACGAGUUUAAGCAUGAGUGAGAUAGGCAAAAGGCUAUCUUAACUAUAAGAUAAGGCUAGGGACUAAUGAAAGUAUUUAGAAAAUUGGGCAGACUAGAUGAGCCGAAUGGUUCUUAUCUGCCGUCACAUUCUAUGUUUCUAAUAUAAACUUACUCUGCUGGCUUAAUCUGCCCACCAAUGUCACUUCACUCUUCCCAAUAAUGCUUCUUGAAUCCAAAUUCUUAGGUGGUGUAUAUGCUGAUUGCACAUACCGUAGAUUGACCUUUUACUCAAUCCCACAGUGUAAUCAGAAUAUGCUGUCUUUAGAUAUUAAAAUGUUUUUACUUUCUGAUUAAUAGGUUUUGUGGACUUGUCUUUCGUGGUCCUUUGUCUGUGCAAGAAGACUGGAUAAAGCACUUGCAACGUCACAUUGUUAAUGCAAAUCUUCCACGGACUGGAGCUGGUAUGGUUGAAGUGGAACCACUAAUAAAAAAGACCCCAUCAAUCACUGACACUUCAUAUUCUUUAUUAAUUGGGGAAGCGGCUACAUAAACGCAAUCCGUGAAAAGAAAAACAAGAGUUUAACUGAUGUACAUUGGACCUGAUUUUUUUUUUUUUUUUUUGUGGGUUUUUUUUAUGUCAUUGCUACAUUUGUUUAUAAUGAAAAGGACAACAAAUACUGAUUAGCCACAACCUGAAAAUAAACUCUUACCAUAUUUGGUCUUGAAAUGUUUAAAAUUGGAACAUAUUUUAGAAUGUGUUUCAGACAGUGUUCAGUAGAACAGUCUUUGCUCAUGAGUGUUUUUUAUUUCUCACCAAGCUCCCACUGUUAUACAAUUGGAUCAUGAAAUGUUAGCAUAUCCAUAUUUCCAAAAACCCCUGGAUGUGCAGAAAUUCUGAAUGUUUUUGUUAUAUCAAGAAAAAAACUCUUCAAUGUAUUUUUUUUUUAAUUUAGGGCAUUAAGUAUUACUGUGUACUGCAGAGUUCAGAGGACUGUUCCAUUCAAAUAAGGCAAUCAGUAUAAUACUGUAUAAAUGUAUGUGUUUCCUUUCUUUUUUUAUUUUAAUUACACAGAGGCUUUUGUACUAAAAAGUGGAGGGUGAAUUGUUUAAUCGCUAUUUCUGAAAAAGUGUAUAUAGUACUGGAAACUAUUGUUGUAAGCAAAUAUUCUUUAUUUCAGUUGCAUUUCUCACUAACUGGUGCAUCCAUGCUACCUCCUAUUUUGUCAACAAAGAUGUAUUUACCCAAUGACAUUUCUUAUGUAGAUUUCGAGCAAACUUUUCUUAUAGCAAAAAUCCACUUAUUCAUUUCUCUUUUAAUGUUUUAUCCUAGUGAGUUUGGCUCUUUUAGUACUUUUAUGAUUAAACACGUUUCUGUAUAAGUAGCUUUCUCACCACCGUUUAAAAAAGUGUUUCUGAUUUUCGGUUUAGCUCCACACUUGAGCAUUUUAGCUAAAGUUUAAUAUUUCAACAUAUGAGAAUGUUUACAAUUGAACUUUUAGAACUCGUUUUGAAUGUGAUUGUGUAUGAAAAUUGUGUAACACUAUGCUCGUGCAAAGGGCCUACUUACAAAAAUAUUGAAAUAAAUGUUUUGUGAGAAUGGAAUAUUGUGAUUCAUCUGUCUUUGUAUUAAAGGAAAACUCCAAUGGAAUUUUGUUUUACAGUUAGUAAAUAUAUCCCCAAAUGUAAACAUGCAUUCUGUAAAUUAUACAGAAAUUUUAAUUGUGGUUUUGUGGGGGGUUUAUCUAAAAACAGCUUGACGGUGUCUUGUCCAAGCCUGACCGUGGCUGUCUAGCUAAAAACUUCCUAAUGCAGGUCAUUGUGAAGUCUCUGCAAAGCAGGUGCUCUGAACAAUUCCUACAUCUUGGGUUUAGCUCAACUAAACUAAACAACCACGAAAAAAUAGGACCAGUUUUUUGAUUGAUAGCCAGGGGGUGUAAAAAAG